CAAUUAAGAACUGGGUGGAAAAAUUAAGAAGGUGAGCUACUAGUAGUUGGAUUAUUCUUAAUAUGUCCAUACUGUUGCCAUACAACUGCAGAAUUGAAUGGCGGUACUUUAUAGUGGUUAUUUUGUAUUCCUGCAGUUGGUCGGUCAGUUUGAGUGCUGAUAGAAAAUAAGAAAAAUGAUGGCAAGUCUAGCAUGGCAGGAAAUUGUCUUUUUUGAAAAUACUGUGUUUUGGAUGGUAAAAUUGGCACUAGACACUCCCUUGCAAAAAAAGAAAAGAAAAUAUCAUUGUGGUCUGAGCUAAAUGCAUGUAUGUAGAGAUCAGUGUGCAGCUGUUGGCUUCUAGACCCAGAGGGUAGGCUGCACCUACUUGGCCUGUUUUGCCCCUAAUACCAUUGUGGCAGAUCUGAUAAUCACUUCCCCAAAUGUGUCUCUGGUUUGUGGGCUUCUAGGUGCUUUUCAUGCACAUCCUUAUGCCCCUGAAGCUGAGGUAAGGAGAAGAAAGAUUUGGAGAGGAACUUCAUAAGGAGCAUUGCAAAGGUUUUUUGUGGAAUUGAUGAAGUUUCAGAAAAUGAAUGAGUUUACUUCGGGUUUGGUCACUGAAGGGUGAAUCAGCCUUUUAUUUUGUAUCUUACACAUUUUUCACUGUUGAAAGCGAUUUGCUCUUUAAUAUUUUAAAGUGACCUUUGAAAUUUGAAUCAUUGUUUGUCUACAGGACUAGUAAAAAGAUUUUAUGUAUUGUGUGUAUGAAGAAAGCAGACCAGUUGGCACAAAGGAGUAGUAAUAUCACAUUACUCCAUUCCCGAGUAUUCUUGCUGCAUAUUAUUUCAGUUUAAUCAGUUCCUCUGAUCUACUGUUUGUUCUUCAUUUGUUUUUCACCUGUUGAUUCCCUCCUCCCCUCCUGUGACAAAGGCUUUUGCCAUAGAGGAUUAUUUGAUAGAUUUGCGCUAUGCAGCUGGUGUGGUGUUUGUAUUUUUGUGCAAUACUUCAGAGUGCCUGUUGGGCCAGGUUCCAGUUUACAAAUUUUGGAGCUUGCUGAUAUGAUCAUGGAUUCUGAGGAGUAUUGUUACCACUUCUCACAGUCAAGCAAUUAGACUGUGUUCCUGGAGUUUCUGUUGUCUUCAGUUGUCACCUUGGUUUUUGCCAUGUUUAUGUAUGUGCAUAGACAUACUAGACUACAGAAUUUUCAGGUCUGAUUUGGCAUUUGGAAGAUUAGCUAUUGCAAGUAUGUGUAUUACUAGGGGCUGUGCCCCUUCUUGAUUCACGCACCAACCCCAACUACUCCCCCAACCCUUUGCCAACCCCACUCCUCUUAGACUUCAAUAAACCCACCUAUUCCCCUUACAGUGCUUCCCAUCCUCCCUGCAGUGCACAGUUUGACCCAUGUAAAAAAAUUCCCCCUUUGCAAGUGUGUUCAAUGUCACAUGGGAAGUACUCGUAAACAUGGGUUCCCAGAGACAUGUGUAAAAAGAAACAUUUCUGAUUUGCUCAGUCAUGUAACUGCAUUGUAUAUUUAUUUACUUUGGGCUCACAAUAACGAGUAUCGGGAAUUUUAAAUCAGGAUAUAACCAUGAUGUGGGGGACCUUUUAGGCUCUGCAGCCCAGAUCUUUAUCAAAAUUAGCCUCGCAGGCCAAAUCUGACAGGUGGGAGGGGCUUCUCAGCUCCUCCCAAUCCCUCUUCUCUCCCUGCUGCUGGUAUAAGCAAGCCUUCACUUGAAAAAUGCUGAUAUUCUUCUCUUGCUUUCCUCAGGAGGAGAAGCAGGGUGGAGGUGGGGCAAAGCCCGCCCUGCCACUGGGCUAAGUGAUAGCCCACAUUUUUAUAUGCAGGUUUAUUCUGUUGCUUACUCUGGAGAAGUAUCAGGGGGGUUGGGGGAGAGAUAUGAACCACCCAUUCCUCUCCUGCCCUGCUGCUGCUGGCAUAAGUAACAGAAUAAAGUCUGUUCCCUUCACAUACACACACCUACCUGCCCCAGCACCCCUGCUGCUGGGAUAGCAAAGUGGUUUGACAAACCAUUUCUGCCUCCUUGAGCAAAGGACACUCAGCUGGUGGUGGUUGGGAGCAUGCCUUGUUCUAUUGCAAAAGAGCAAUCGGAAGCCCAGCUCUAAAUUGUUUCUUCAAGCCCUGCCUUUACUCACCCUACGCCUGAUGUCAUUAACCUUUCUCUCUUUCUCUCUUAACAAACAGAAUGGUCUUUGCUGAUGCUCUGUUGCAUUGGUAGAACAAGGGUAACAACAUUAAAACAGUAAACCAGCUGACUUUUCAGAAGUCUCCUACCCUUGUCAUGCCAACAGUUUACAGCAUUUGUUUUAAUACCAGCAACUUUAGUAUCCUUUGCCAGUUCAUGUACAUCAAUCCAGUAUUUAAGGAUUUCUUGCAAAGGCAACAGGUUUCCCUGUACAUAUUGUUAAGUGUUGCUAUCCUAAUUUCCACAAAUUUUGUCUUCUUUAAAAACAAACAAAGUAGAAACAAAACUCUAUUUUUUCUCUCUUUUGAUCAUUCCUUCCAUUUGAAACUGGUUGAAUGUUAAAAUUAGAGGGUAUCUUUGUUUGUGAUUGUAUGUACCUUUAUAUCAGGAAAUAGUGUCAUAAGGGUGCUGUUCCCUCAGUGUAAAUAGAUAACACCCUUCAAAUUAUUCUGUUACAAGUCAAUAAUUUUAGAGAUCUUACUAAACUACUAGGUAAGGAUAUAAAAUCCUGACAUAAAUUAAACUUUGCUAUCGGGAAGGUUUGCAGCUGUAAAAUGAAGACAUCAUCCAGUCUUUGUUUUAUUUUUUCCUAACCCUUUUAAUAUCUAUACCUCAGAUGCUGAAGAAAUAGCAGAUCAUUUUGAAUUCCUUUAUUCACAAUGGAUGUAAGCCUGUGGUUAUCUCAGGUUAUCUAUAUAGAAGCAUUAGGGGAGAUUAGAUGCAUCUAACUGAAGAAAUUAUUACAGAGCAUUUCAGCUAAUGCAACUCUUAACCUCUCAAAAUUUAUGGCUCAUAAUGGUUGCCUUUUGGAUAUCAGUCCACAUAAAUGUUCUUCAUGGAAAUCAGUGCCUAUUAUUCUUGCAAGUUUGCAAAAACUUCACAAGAUUGGUAAUCCAUUUCCCCAAAACUGUGUUAUUAGUCUGGGGGAAAAUUUGGCAAGUCAACAGCCACCAUUCUGGUUGUCUCUAAUCCCUGUUUUAUACUGUAGGCUAUGCUGUUUUGGAAGUUAUGAGAUAUGCAGAAUACACAAUCUGGUAAAUGGAUCCAUUCUUUUCUCUUUUGCAGGGCUUCGUACAAAAAUUAGGAAAACCAGGCCCAAAUAUUUUCAGAUUUUCUUUGUGCAGCAUUUCUCUUCUUAAGAAAACAGUAAUAGGCCACAUUCUCAUCUCCUUAACUGAAGUCGAGAAAGCAGUAUUUCAGAGCUCUCAUGCAACUAAAAGGGUGAUCUAUGAAAUCUGUAACAUUACUUCAGUGGCAAUUUAGAAGGGCUAAAAAGUGGUAUGAAGCAGAUAUGGGUGAAGUAAUUGUGCUACAAAGUUGGCAAGGGUUGUAGGGAGAAUAGUGGAGAUUCCCCCACAAUGGAAUAAUAGUAUAAACAAUUAUGGGCAUUGUAUCUUUGGGCAAAUUAACAAAACAUAUUCAUGCAAGAAAGAAACCAAAAAGUGCUAGAUGAUUAAGACUCUUUUAUGGGAAAUUGGUGUCUGUACAUCUUGCUUGUAAAUAACAAGCAAUUGAUUAAAUGUUUUCCUGAGAGACAUAGGCCAUUCUUUUCAUUCAGCUUACAUUGUAAAUCACUUAAGCCCCAUUAUAAUGAUGUAUUGGCAGAACAGUCCUUUACUUCAUCUUUGCUAGCUGAGUUGGCAGUAGGGUGGGUUUGUGCAUCCCAAGAUCAUCAGACCAAGCAAGCCCCUCAAGCCAACCAGUAAUGUGAGGUGGUUAGUCAGGCAGCCUUCUCUAAAGGUGCAUCAGGGUGCUGACAUUAAAGUCAAAUUCCUUCCCAGUCCUCCCCAAAUGUAAAGUUGUCACAAAAUUAACCACAAAAUCCAGAUCAGAACAGUACGGAACAAGCAAAAAAAGUAGCAUCCCAAGGAGCAUACAAGUGAAAUCCUAUGAACCUUUUUAAUAUAACAACAACAACAACAACAACAACAACAACAACAACAACAAAUUUAUUUAUACCCCGUCCAUCCAGUUGUGUUUCCCCAGCCACUCUGGGCUGCUCCCAACAGAUUAAAAACAAUAUAAAACACCAAACAUUAAAAACUUCCCCAAACAGGGUUGCCUAAAAGUCAGAUAGUUGUUUAUUUCCUUGACAUCUGAUGGGAGGGUGUUCCACAGGGCGGGCACCACCACCGAGAAGGCCCUCUGCCUGGGGGGUGGGGCUAACUCUCUCUGCUCACUAUAAGCGGUGGAGGGACCUUUUCAUAAUAAUGAUGGUGAUAAGGCAGCUGAUAGGCAUUGUGGCUUCUUGAUCAGAAUAGCCAGUGAACUUAAAACAGCAGAGAUCAUAACUUAAUACAUGUUAACAUAUUACUGAUAACAGUUAACAUUUAUUUUUAAAUAAAGAGAAAGGCAUUUGGAUUUAAAGCAAUGGCAAUUCACAUUUUACAGCUUGAAAAGUUUUGCUAGCUAACACAAACAAGUAUCCCAGACUGAUUAUAUGCAGCUCACUACUAUGACUUUAAACAAAUUUAAGAUUACCCUUAUUGUCUAAUGAUAUGUUUGGAAGGAUGAGGUCUUGGAGAUUUUUAGUCUUCCAGAUGCUCAGACAAUGUGCUUUAACUACAGCAUUCAUCGGCCAGCCCCAUAACACAGAAGAAUUGCUAUUUUAAGAUUUGUAUAGUGAAUGAUGUGUGCAGGAUGAGAAACCCACUAGUGCUUGCAAUUCUGGAUAGCUUGAAUUAGCUAAUUAAGGUCACAAUCCUGUCCUUUCUGCAUAUAUAUAAGCCCUAUUGAAAACUGGGACUUCAUACAUGUGUAGAGGAUUGUAGCUUUAAAAUGUAUUUCAAAAUUAUAUAAGCAGAGGAGCAACUUGUCUGUUUGAAAUAUUAUUUCAUUAAUAUUCUUUUAACAAAAAGGCCCACGAUCAAUCAAUUUGUGGUUGCUAUUUGGUUUUUACUAUAAUGCAAACAGAAGUAGUUUAUGCAAGUGGUGACAGAAAAUCUAAAAUGGUUCAAGAAAACAGAAUUGCUCAUUUCUAACAACCCUCUUGGAUUGUGUGGAUUUUCAAGUUAACCAAAUACAAAAAACUGCAUUUUGCUUUCUUCUGUGAAUUGUAUAAGUUGUAUUCAUCCUCUGUUUUAUUUGCACAUUGAAGUGGUGAGUCAGAAUGUGGAAUGAAUGUGGAAGAGUCAACAGCUCUUCGUAGGAGCAAGGCUGUUGAUUCACCCUUUUUUAUCUGGGGAAGCAACAGCAGGGUUGUUAUUUUGUGGGAAGAGUUCCAUAAACCAACACAGUGAUCUGUGACUUAGUGAAAACAGCAGUGGGAUAAGGUGGAAAUAUCCUGAAUUUUCUUGUUUCCUUUUGCAUCUGAAGAUAAUAACCAUAGGAGUUCCUUGAAUCAAUAAGUGUCAGGCUCCCCAUGCCUGCUUUAGAGAACUUCAGCUGAAGGAGCACACUCCAUCCUCAUCAACAUUUCAGGGGCUGCAUGCUGGUAGUGGAUGGUGCCAGACGUACUUGCUCUCUUUCCAUGUUCCAUCCAGUCAAGCAAGAGGCACUAUCACAGCUCCAUCCAGGCAAAAGUGCUCACAAAGAAUGAGGAGCAGGGCUGGUAAGUGGUGUAGUCUAGGGACUGUCCUAAGGGACAGAUGAGAAUGGCCUGAAGGGCAGCUCUCACCCUGAAGUUCCCCACCACUGCUCAAAUAGAUGCUUCAAAUUAAAUAAAAAUUAGGCCUAAAACAAAUUUCACACCCAGUCAAUGAUCCUGUAAUAAACAUCUAGUUUCCAUCAAAUAAAAAUAAGGUGCUGCUUCCAGCUUUUGAGGCCCCUAGCCAUUAUAAUCACCUCACCUGUCUCCUGAGAAAUCUCUAUGUGGGACAAGAAGCUACAGUUAGAACUGGAUAUGGAACAACUGAUUGGUUCAAAAUUGGGAAAGGAGUACGGCAAGGCUGUAUAUUGUCUCCCUGCUUAUUUAACUUAUAUGCAGAAUUCAUCAUGCAAAAGGCUGGGCUGGAUGAAUCCCUAGCCGGAAUUAAGAUUGCCAGAAGAAAUAUCAACAACCUCAGAUAUGCAGAUGACACAACCUUGAUGGCAGAAAGUGAGGAGGAAUUAAAGAACCUUUUAAUGAGGGUGAAAGAGGAGAGCGCAAAAUAUGGUCUGAAGCUCAACAUCAAAAAAACUAAGAUCAUGGCCACUGGGCCCAUCACCUCCUGGCAAAUAGAAGGGGAAGAAAUGGAGGCAGUGAGAGAUUUUACUUUCUUGGGCUCCAUGAUCACUGCAGAUGGUGCCAGCAGUCACGAAAUUAAAAGACGUCUGCUUCUUGGGAGAAAGGCGAUGGCAAACCUAGACAGCAUAUUAAAAAGCAGAGACAUCACCUUGCCAACAAAGGUCCGUAUAGUGAAAGCUAUGGUUUUCCCAGUAGUGAUGUAUGGAAGUGAGAGCUGGACCAUACAGAAGGCUGAUCGCCGAGGAAUUGAUGCUUUUGAAUUAUGGUGCUGGAGGAGACUCUUGAGAGUCCCAUGGACUGCAAGAAGAUCAAACCUAUCCAUUCUUAAGGAAAUCAGCCCUGAGUGCUCGCUGGAAGGACAGAUCGUGAAGCUGAGGCUCCAAUACUUUGGCCACCUCAUGAGAAGAGAAGACUCCCUGGAAAAGACCCUGAUGUUGGGAAAGAUGGAGGGCACUAGGAGAAGGGGACGACAGAGGACGAGAUGGUUGGACAGUGUUCUCAAUAGUCAGCAUGGAUUUCUGAAAAAUAAGUCAUGUCAGACUAACCUGAUCUCGUUUUUUGACAGAAUUACAAGCCUGGUAGAUGAAGGGAACGCAGUGGAUGUAGCCUACCUUGAUUUCAGCAAGGCAUUUGACAAGGUGCCCCAUGAUAUUCUUGUAAAGAAGCUGGUAAAAUGCAGUCUUGACUAUGCUACCACUCAGUGGAUUUGUAACUGGCUGACUGACCGAACCCAAAGGGUGCUCAUCAAUGGUUCCUCUUCAUCCUGGAGAAGAGUGACUAGUGGGGUGCCACAGGGUUCUGUCUUGGGCCCGGUCUUAUUCAACAUCUUUAUCAAUGACUUGGAUGAUGGACUCAAGGGCAUCCUGAUCAAAUUUGCAGAUGACACCAAACUGGGAGGGGUGGCUAACACCCCAGAGGACAGGAUCACACUUCAAAACGACCUUGACAGAUUAGAGAACUGGGCAAAAACAAACAAGAUGAAUUUUAACAGGGAGAAAUGUAAAGUAUUGCACUUGGGCAAAAAAAUGAGAGGCACAAAUACAAGAUGGGGGACACCUGGCUUGAGAGCAGUACAUGUGAAAAGGAUCUAGGAGUCUUGGUUGACCACAAACUUGACAUGAGCCAACAGUGUGACGUGGCAGCUAGAAAAGCCAAUGCAAUUCUGGGCUGCAUCAAUAGGAGUAUAGCAUCUAGAUCAAGGGACGUAAUAGUGCCACUGUAUUCUGCUCUGGUCAGACCUCACCUGGAGUACUGUGUCCAGUUCUGGGCACCACAGUUCAAGAAGGACACUGACAAACUGGAACGUGUCCAGAGGAGGGCAACCAAAAUGGUCAAAGGCCUGGAAACGAUGCCUUAUGAGGAACGGCUAAGGGAGCUGGGCAUGUUUAGCCUGGAGAAGAGGAGGUUAAGGGGUGAUAUGAUAGCCAUGUUCAAAUAUAUAAAAGGAUGUCACAUAGAGGAGGGAGAAAGGUUGUUUUCUGCUGCUCCAGAGAAGCGGACACGGAGCAAUGGAUCCAAACUACAAGAAAGAAGAUUCCACCUAAACAUUAGGAAGAACUUCCUGACAGUAAGAGCUGUUCGACAGUGGGAUUUGCUGCCAAGGAGUGUGGUGGAGUCUCCUUCUUUGGAGGUCUUUAAGCAGAGGCUUGACAACCAUAUGUCAGGAGUGCUCUGAUGGUGUUUCCUGCUUGGCAGGGGGUUGGACUCGAUGGCCCUUGUGGUCUCUUCCAGCUCUAUGAUUCUAUGAUUCUAUGAUUCUAAGCUACGAACAUGAGUCUGACCAAACUGCGGGAGGCAGUGGAAGACAGGAGUGCCUGGCGUGCUCCGGCCCAUGGGGUCACGAAGAGUCGGACACGACUAAACGACUAAACAACAACAAGCCAUUAUAAAAAUUAGAAAAUGGCAACAAAGACAAAUGAAGGCAUCAAAAAUGAGUACCGGUAGUUUCUUUAUAUAUAAUCAACUUAUCUGGGGCAAUGUAGUCAGCACAAUCUGAUCUUGUGCCAUGAGCACUGAUGUGUUUUUAAAAUGAAUAUUUAUUAAUAUUUUAAAACUCUUUAAUAUGACAAAAUCAGUAUUGGUUAACAGAAAAAGUCUUACCAGAUCACAUCUCUCGUUUUCUUCUAUUUGCAGCUCUUAAGCUGAGAGUGUGUGUCAUGUUUUGCUCCAUUAUGCAUAAAGACAGGUUGUAAAACCUAUAAAAUGCCCCUUCGAAUGGCCCUCCUGGCCUUUCACCCCAACCAACUGGCCUCACUGGAGAUGGGGUGGGGAAUCUUGAGUUUGUCAUUCCUCGUCUGUAGGCAGCUGAGGUUGUCGAGAACUGAUGAAGGUGCAACUCCUGGCACCACCACUGUGGUUGGAUUCAAGGUGUGGUACCUGGGCAGCUCUACAGGAUUCAACCCAGAUGGUUGAAUUCCUUCUACUUCUCAUUGACAUUUGUAACUCAUGUUAGCGUUGACAAUGACUGUGGGGAAAACAUUGACCAUAUUGAGAACGUAAGAAGAGCUCUCCUGGAUCAGAUCAAAGGCCCAUCUAGUUCUGCAUCCUGUCCUCUCUGUGGCCACUGAGUUGCCUAUCAGAAGCCUGUAAGCUACCCCUCUUAGAUUCCCACCAACUGAUAUUCAGAAGCAGAACAUAGGCAUCAUGGCUAGUAGCCAUGGGUAGCCUUAUCUUCCAUGAAUUUGUCCAAACCUCUCUUUAAAUCCCUCCAAGUUGGUGGCCAUCGGUACCUCUUAUGGGAGCAAAUUCCUUCGUUUGCACUGUGUGAACAAGUACUUCUAUUUGUCCGCCCUGAAUCUUCCAACAUUCAGCUUCAUUGCAUGGAUGAGAGAUGCAGGAAAACUAUUCUUUAGCCACUUUCCCUACACCAUGUAUAACUUUAUACACCUCUGUAAUGUCCCUGCUUACAUGCCAUUUUUCUAAGCUGAAAGCCUCAAAUGUUGUUGUGAUCUUUCUUCAUAGGGGAAUUGUUCCAGAUCCAUUAUCAUUUUGGCUACCCUUUUCUGAACACUUUACAUUGCUACAAUAUCCUCUUUGUAGUUCAGCAACUAGAACAGUAUUUGUUUGUUUGUUAAUUACCUGCCCUUCACUUGCAGGCCCCCAGUAUUCUAAAUGUGGUCAAACCAUAUAUUUGCAUAAUCGUGUUAUGAUAUUUGCAGAUUUAUAUUCAAACCAUUUUCUCAUGAUUCCUAAUGUGGAAUUCACCUUUUUCGCAGCUGAUGCACGCGGGGUUGACAUUUCCAUCAAGCUAUCUACCGUGAUCUAUUGUCAUUGCCAUUUCAGAUCCCACAAAUAUGUGUGUCCCAAUGUGCAUCACUUGCUGACCUUGAACCAUCUGAAGGCAAUCCUGUAUUGAGUGUGUGUGUGAGAGAGUGUUGUUAAAAUACCUGCAUAUGAGUGUGUGUGUGAGAGGGACAGGCUGCAAUCAGAUGCUACUUUAUUCUAUCUUUAUGGUGUUCCCUUGUUCAUUUUUUACGUUUUAUCUUGAUCUUUCACAUGACUUUAAAUCCACUUCUGGAAAACUAGUGGAAUGUAGUUUAGCACUCUUUUCUGUCUUAAUUGUUUCCAGAAAACAUCAAUUUGCAACUUCAUUAACGUGGAUAAUUGUGGGAGUUUCACACUGAUGAAAUUUGGGCUGAUAUACUGGCCUACAGUUCUUUCCCACCAUUUAAAAUUUAGCAUGGCACGGCAGUAUAUUGAUCAAAAAGCCAUAGUUCCAUAAUGCAGCAAAGUCCUGCAGUGUGAAAUGAACUUUAGAAACUAGAACAGAAGGGCCAGCAAUUGUCAUCAGUAAAACUUAGGCAAUAAACCCCCACAUAUGAAUGCAUAGAGACAUAGACAGAAAGAUCAGACCUAUGGAGGUCUAUUCAGAAGUUCAGUGGGACCUACUCCAACAUUUCUCUGAUGAAAAUAGGGACGUCCCAUUCCAUAAUGAUACUUCUACUAUUUAUACCCCACACAGCUUCCAACACAUAUAAAAACAUAAUAAAACAUUAAACAGGAUUGCCUUCAGACAGCUUGUGGGUCGAAUUACUCCAUACCCUCCAACAUUUCUCCAAUGAAAAUAGGGACAACCUAAGGAAAAGCAAGACAUUCUGGGAUCAAAUCAGAAACCUGGAUGGCUUCUCUAAAUCAGGGACGUCCCUGGAAAAUAGGGACACUUGGAGGGUCUGACAUGUGCAGUAGCACCCAUGGCACUUUUUCAAAAUUCCAAAUGCACCCACAGGCCUCAAAACCUCUUCUCUAUAUGCUUGACAUUUUUCUUCAUUAAUUCUUCCAGUUUACCUGGAACAGAUGUUAAGCUAUAUGGCCUGUAAUUUCCUGCAGUCCCCAUAUUUCUUUCUUUAUUUUCCUUUUCCUUUUUUAAGAACAAACUAAUAUAGUGUUUCAUUGUUCACUUGCCAACCCUUAUAUGCAGAGACCAAUCUUAGGAAUCAGUUACAUAUUUUUCUUAGAAGAUCGGCAGUUUGGCAUUUGAGUUCUUUAUGAACUAUUGUAUGGCUACCAUCUGGAAUCAGUGAUUUGUUCACUUUUAAUUUGUUGAUGCAUUCGAGAUCUAAUCACACAUUAGGUUCCGGUAUGGGCUCGGUAUUUUUCCUAGCAAAUCAGAAAGUGGAAGUAACGUUUUACAGAAAUAGACCAACCAAACAUAAAUAUUAAUUGCUUUUCUUAAUGAAGAGUAUUAUUUUCUUUCUAGACAUACCUUUUUUUGAUUUAGCAAUUGUCCAGUCCUUAAAAGAAACUAGUAUGUAGGCUACAGUAGUCAUAGCCGGUUCUUAAUUUUUCAUCUGUAACUCUUCCACCAAAGGCUGCUUCCAUAUACAGAAACAAUUUCCGUAUCUUAAAUGCUUUGUCCACUUACAAAAAAACCCACAUUUGCCUGCAGCCAGAACACUUGGUUACACAGAUCCUUUAAUAUGAAACCAAGGAAUGGUUUUGACAGAUACAGUAAACAGUUUAAACCUGACCUGAGGCAUUUUUUAUGGCUGUCAUCCUGAUAGUUGAAAUUAAAGGUGACAUAGACCUUGCUUUUUAUAAGAAUGACAUUUACUUGGAAGGAUUAUGUUGUAGAAAUAUGCUAGGCAGAAGCCAGCAAGUGGAGCCUUGGAACCAAUAAGCUUGGAUUUCAACAGGAAAUGAAAUGUACUGGUUCCAGUGUUCCUCUUUCUUCAACCCAUGGAGAACCCACCGAGAAAGGAACACUGUGAAUAAAUUGUAACAAUGAAUCAUCAUAUAUUAAUGGUGCCGUAACUCUCCAACAGUUUACUUUCCCCCAGAUGGGGCACUCUUCCAUUGUCUCUCAAGAAAGAUGGAAGCAUAUUCAAUUCUGAUCGCUUACCUUAAAUUUAUUUUAUAUUAUUUAAGAUUUAUUAACAGUUAUUGUUCUAGAAAUGCCUUACAAAAUGUUGGAGUUUGCAAUUCCAAAAGGUGGGGAAAGGGACAGAUACCUCACUUGUUUAAGAAAGAUACCUGAGGAUAUGAAAUAUUGCUCCCUGAAUACUUUGGUGUGAAACUAGAUGGUUAAAAAUAAAUAAAAGGAAGAAUGCACACUAUUUGGCUGCCUCCUAAUUAGUUUAAGGUUAGAAAGAUCAAAACCCUUCUCCUUCUUUCACAUAUGAGAUUUUGGAGGAAAGUGAAUCACUCUAACUUGCCUCACAAAAAGUCCCUGGAUAUAGUUGUCUGCAAUUUGGCAGGCUUCAUCCUGCAGGGCCUCUUGUACCUGAAUUUUAAUCCAUGGCCCAAAGGGGAAAAUUUAUAGCCCCUUUUAGAUUCUCAGUUAUGAACAGAGAGAUUGUUUUUAUACAGAGCAGCUCAGAACCCAAAUUAUAGAUUGAAGCAAAGAUUAUGGAAACAGAUUAGAAUUUUUAAAAUGUGCACAGAUACAAGGUCAGUCUUGAGGCCCAUGUUCUCAGCUUGUAAGGUCAAUAUUCCCAAGAUAAAAUGUAUUCCUUGCCUGAUUUUGGUCCAUAGAUUUCAGUGGAUCUACUCGGAGAAUGACAUAGUUGGAUGUCGCCCAAACUUUCGUUGAAUCUAUUCUUAGGAUUUGCAUUUGCAUUCAGAGUUAUUCUUUCUCUAAUUCGUAUGUGCAUGCAUGCAUAUGUAAAAGAGUCUAACUUUCUUAAUUCAAAAUCCUUACAACUAUAGUUUUAACUUAAUAUUAUGCAAAUAUAAAAUGAAAUUCUUGGCUUAUUGAGUUGUCAUCUUUUUAAAGUUUAAAAUCUGCUUAUUGGCUUAUUUCCUGGUUUUUUAUGUUUAAAAAAUUAGCUAUUUUAGAAGUGUGACAGCACCAUCAAUGUGAUUCUUGUUCAAAUUGUUAUUAACAUAAUUGCUAGUUAAAGAUAAAGUCUUCUGUGUUCUCAAUUAUUUUUAUUAUUUGCAUGAGAGUUUUAAACUAAACUAGAUUUUCUUCCCCAAAAUUGAGCUACCUCCUCUCUCCAAGUUCUAAAGUUAGAAUGUAGAGUUGUUUAAAUGUAUCAGAGUAAAAAAUGUUACCUUUUGAGAAGUAAUUUCAAAAGAAAGAAAAAAGCACAUCUAAAUUUUGGCAAGAUUUGAUAUUAUUUCUUUGUUCCUCAUUGUGAUAUUUUGCAUGUGAAUAAAUGUGCAAAGUAUGAGAAUAAUGAGAAAUGAACUUUUAGAUUACAGGUAAGUAUUGAGUCCUAAGGCUGAAGUUCACGGGUUCUCUCUCUUGUGCCAAGAAUGUGAAUCAAUUUCAGGGGUAGAAAUAAUUUACACUUUUCCUGCUUUCUUCAAUGUAUAAACUAUGCCAUUUAGAUAGUUUUACACUAUCUAAAUUUAUACAAUACCUUACAUUCAUGAUGCUUUGCAUAUACAUAUCUGUAAAAGGUUUUAGAGACCAUGUAAUUUCAAAUAGGUCCCAGUUCCUUCAUAAUAUAGCCUUGUAGGUUUGACACGAUUAGCAAAAAUUGUUGCAGCAUAACUAUGAAGGCUUUGAGCUCCCAACAACUUUAAAGUUUCAGUAUGGACAUCCCAUAUUUUCAGUCACCCUUGUUAUUUACUUCCAUAAUGAAAAUGGCUCCCAGUUGACUCCAUUUACUGCCUACCAUUCUAAAUUUAUCAUGGAAAUUUACUAAAUUGUAAGCUGAAUAUAGUUUUGUAUAUAGAAACAGUGUGGUUUAUUACAUUUUACAGCCAGAAUCCCCUUUACCUCCCCAAAAAGGUGAUUAAGUUCAGAAUAGAAAUAAUUAUAUAUUUUGUAUUUACAGAAUGAUAUGGCUUGGCUUUCACAUUUGGGCAUGACACAACCCUUUUUCACCUUGCACAUGCAAAAGCAGUAGUAGUCAGUUUUUCAUGUGUGUCUUGACUGUAUUGUAGUACACUGAAAAUUGUUCAAAUCAGCGGGAAACACAGCAAGUGGCUAACCAGUGUUGAUGACUGUUGAUGUGAAAACUUUUGCUUAACACAGAACUUUUAUUCAGAGCUGUGCAAAGCCCAUUAGCACUAAGAUCAGUGGACACUUUGCCAAUUAGACCUUCAACUGUUACACUAAAUUACUCAACUUACUGUGAGUUGUCUUAUUUAUCUGUUAUACUGAAUUGUUCAGUUUACUGUGAGUGUUAAGAAAACACGGCUUUCAGAAACAAUUAAGAAAUACAAAUCACACAAACAAAAUGCAGGACUACCAGUACAUUAGGCCACCUUACAUAUUAAAUUUUAGGCGCACAGCUAGAAUUUUAUACAUACCAUAUUUUUCGCUCCAUAGGGCGCACCUGACCAUAGGGUGCACCUAGUUUUCAGAGGGGGAAAUCAAGGAAAAAAAUAUGACCCACCCCCAGCUCUGGGAGCAGCGGACAGGCUGCAGGCAGCCUGUGCGGUUCUCCCAGACCUUCUCCCUGCUUUUGCGGGAGGUGGGGGAAUUCCCCCAUCUCCCGCAAAAGCCCACAGGAGCCACACACUCUUUAAAGGGGCUGUGCGGCUUCUGCUGGCUUUUCUGGGAGGUGGAGGAAUUCCUCAACCUCCUGCAGAAGCCCGCAGAAGCCGUGCGCUCUUUAAAGGGGCUGCGCGGCUUCUGCUGGCUUUUCUGGGUGGUGGGGGAAUUUCCCCACCUCCUGCAAAAGCCCGCAGAAGCCGCACGCUCUUUAAAGGGUGCGUGGCUCCUGUGGGCUUUUCUACGAGAUGGGAGAAGGGACUGAUGCGGUCAGUCCCUCCUUCCUCCUGGGGAAAAGCCCGCAAGAGCUGCAUGGAGUUUGUGUGCCUGGGGCUUUCCCUGCCUGCCUCCCCCCCCUGCAUUUGCUCCAUAAGACGCACACACAUUUUCCCUUGCUUUUUAGGAGGGAAAAAGUGCGUCCUAUAGAGCGAAAAAUACUGUAUAUCUAAACACAUAACAUAUUGAAUGUUGUUGACAAAUCUAAGGUAUGAUUGUCAAGGAGCCAAGCUAGACUGUAGUUAUCAGUUGGAUGUAUGCUUUGUAGAAAACACAAGUCUACUUUUCUGUGAUAAGUGAAAUGGGUCUUUUGCGUAUUACUGUACAAACGUUCUGAUAGGUAGCUGUACAUUACAGACUCUCUAUUCCCUUGGAUUCAAGUUAUUGAUCUAUUUGCGUUUGUGUCUUAUGUUAUUUAAAGUACCUUUGGGCUCAGAUAUAUAAAACAAAUCUAAUAGCAUUUUAAUAUCAAAGCACUAAACCUGAAAUGUCAGUUUCCUAUUACAAUGACUUUGUUUUGAUGAGUAUUGACAUAGCAAUCUACUUCUUCUUUGGCGAUCACUCGUAGCCGAGUAAGAUUAUCUUCCAUGAACAUGUUCUUAACAGUGAGUCCAUAAGUGACCGUGGAGGCCAAUUCUGGAUCCACACGGCCUUCCACAGUGGGGACAUAGGUUUCCGGGUGGGAGUUGAUCACAGUGUGGAUUUGCCCAAUGUGCCUUCCUCUUAGCUCAUUCCUCUUUUCUGCCCUGAGUUUGUGUUUUUUCAAAGUCCAUGACACCUUUCAUAAAGGCUGUUCUCCAAUUGGAGUGCUCACAGGCCAGUGCUUCUCAGUUAUCAGUGCUUAUACUAUAUUUUUAAAGAUUUGACUUGAGAGCCUCUUUAAACCGCUUUUGUUGCCCACUGGUAUUUCACUUUUCAUUCUGAAGUUGGGAAUAGAGUACAGUGGUGCCUUGGGUUACAGAUGCUUCAGGUUAGGGACGCUUCAGGUUACAGACUCCGCUAACCCAGAAAUAGUACCUCAGGUUAAGAACUUUGCUUCAGGAUGAGAACAGAAAUUGUGCUCCAGCGGCGCAGCGGCAGUGGGAGGCCCCAUUAGCUAAAGUGGUACUUCAGGUUAAGAACUGUUUCAGGUUAAGGACGGACCUCCAGAAAGAAUUAAGUGCUUAACCAGAGGUACCACUGUACAUGGAGUAGGCUUUGCUACCCAAAAUGAUCUGUCAUAGCAAUAGCCUUGUGUUGGUUAUUUAUUGUACUUAGUAUCAUCUUUAUUGCUCAUUGUAAAUAAGUAAAAUAACCAAAAAUCAACUCUUGAAACAGAUGAAAUAAACAAACCAGAGCCGCCCCAUAAAAGUAUUGCAGCUAAGUUCAAAUUACUUUUAGCUCAUGACCAAGAAGAGGAGCCCAAUGCUGUAAUCAACGUAGAACACCAGGACUUGAUCUCCUUUGAGCAAGGCUUCUCCAAUAAACAAAUGCCUAUAAUACAGGAAUUAGGCCAAUUUCUAGAACUCACCCCAGCCUUGGAAAAGUCAAAAGCUCAUCUGCCGGACUUCAACCUGGAAAAAAUCCAAUAUUAACCUCAAGGAACGAGGCGAUUGCCAGUGGUGUUGAAAUCCCUUUCAUGGUUGACAUCCAGCCCCGCGUCAAAAUGAUUUAUACCCAUCUAUCACCAUUGUGAAAAGAGAGCUCGAUGGUCAUCCCAUACUAAAGUUAAAGCGUCUACAAAACCCAGGGUGAACAAGGUAGUCAAUCAAAUGGAAUGCUUACAGUUAUGAGAUUGUCAAAUGAUUAAAUUAUGACUUUGCUGUCUUCAACCACGAGAGAAUGUAAUUGGAAACCAACUUUAAAAGAUGACUGAUUGCAUCAUUAUUGAUACUGACCUGGUUGAGAAAACUUUCCAGCACUACAGAAGCCUGCUUAUUCUACUUUUGUAUAGACUAGUGAUUAUCGCCUAUUUCCUCCCUCUACAGUUUCAUAUUGUGAUGUUCAGAUUUUAAUUAGGAACCCAUGUAGGGUGCAGUGUAUGUGAGACAAGUGGGUUAGGGAGACAGGUAGGGUUGGCAUGAAGCUGCAGGACCUUGGAUAGCUCCAAACAGGAAAGGGAAAAAAGCUCAAGCUCAGUUGAGGUCUUUCAUUCCCUUUGCACCAGACUCUCCCUUCCAAACUCUGUUGUUUUCUUCAAGAAUGUAGCCUUAAAAGGAUAGUCUUCUGGCCUACAGUCUAGCACUCAAUUGCAUCUGUCGGCUCCUUGCUUAUGCAGGCAAGCAGGCAGUAGGGAGCAUGAGGCUCCCAGUGGGCUGAUUCUUCAAAAUAAAUCGGCUCAGUUUCUGGAAUUCCUGCCUCAAGGACUCCAGUUCAUGCUUAAUUCCUGUUCAUGCUUAGUGCUGGGGCUAGGGCUGGGAUCAGCAUUGCCCUAAGUUGCACCAUGGUUAUAUUGAUCUGUCUGCUUCCUUCUCAACACUCUAACCCUGGCUGCUGCUCAGGGUUGAGGUCAUGAUGGUGGGACUCCAGAGUCAUCAGAAUCUUUUCGUCUUGUUGAAAAUUGAAGGCUACAAACUUCCAAUUUCCAUCAAAGAGUAUAUGGAAUAACCUGGGUGAUUAAUGUGUUUAUACUUAUUUGUAAAGUACUAUUUAUUCACUGAACCACAAUUACGUUUUGACAGACAGCUGUGUAAUGUUGGGUCCAUUUCCUCUUGUGUGGUUGGGACUGGUCUUAAUUCCAUACAGGAUUCCUGACUCCAUCUUUCCUUCUCUCCAGUGGCUCUUCCUGUUUCCAUUUGCCUGCAUUGAGUCUGAAUGCAAUUCCCCCCAUAGUAAAAGUCUUAUUCUAUCAACCUUCUUUGCCAGAGUAGUUCAUAUCUGAGCUAUGGAGAGGCUCUAUGAGGACCACUUCAUCCCAGUUCUUUGUGGCAUUCUUGGAGUUCAGUUUUCUGUGAAUAGCCGGGGAUAGAAUGAAAAGAGGGCAUUUGCCUUGCCAAGCGUAAUAAGUGGCAUGGGACACUCUAAAUAAAGCAAGAUAUUUUAGUCUUGCCUCUGAAAUUGCUAGUUCAAGCCUCUUAUUUUCUAAGUUCCUGCACCAUUUGAUAAACAAUGACUUGGCACCAUGCUUUCAACAAAGAAGACGCUUCCUAUAGAAUGAUUGGGAUAUGUUCGUGUGCCUAUAUGAAUGCAAGGCAAGAGGCAUUUUGAAACAAAGAUUUUAACUAUUUUCUUAGAACUUUUAGGCAUAGAAGCACAAAGGAAAGAAAUUUAGACAUUGACCUAUUGUGGGAGCCCUGACUUUGAAAAUUCAGUGGCUUUUUAAAUGUGAUUCUUCUUUCUCUUACUUGCAUGUAUUCAUGUGCAUUAUUUUUGACGGGGAAACUUUAAAGAUAGUUCGAUAUUCCUUAAAGGCAACUUUUUAAAGCUGUUAUAUUUAUAGUAUGGAAUUGCAUGAGUUUAUCAACUGCUAUUCUGUUCAGAAGUAACACCUACUAGUUGGCUAAAAUUAUAGUGCUCUCACAAGGUGAAAACCCCCUCUUUUGUUAGGUUUACAUAUUUCUGCUUGUUUGAUAUUAUUCAGAAAGAACUUUUCUCAUUCUUGGCAGAACAUUUUAUUUUUAGCACUCUAAGAGUGAAAUUUUAUUGCCUUUUUGAAGGAUAUCUAAGUAAUUAAACUAUAUAAAAGUAUAGUUACACAGGUUUUAUCAAUAGUUAGAAAACCCUGUAAAUUUCAAGUCCUAUAGAUAAUUUUACCAACCCUGAACUUCCUGCCAUAUGAGAGGCCACACUGCAAAGUAAAAUGUUGCUAUAUGUGCUGCCAUAGCAGGACAGUCAUGGUAACAUACAGUCAAAGUUAAGACAAAUCAACACUUUUCAUCUUACUGAAUGCACAGCUUCUUGUGGAACCUUGAUAUAAUACCAUAGAAAAGUGGGAGGGGUUUGGGUACCAUAUGAGUUGUCAUCUUUACAGUGCUUUCUAUUAAUAUUUAUUCAGGGUGGGGUUCAGUUAACAAGUCUACUAAAAUCUGCUCUGCAGGGCUGGAGAAAACUCCAGAAAAGGUUUAGGGGAGCCAGGGGGAGGAGGCAGGGAAGUUCCAUUGUGCAUGCAGACUUUGUUCCUUGUGCACAUAUCCCACUUAGCACUACAUCAAAUUCUAUCUUUCCUUCUUAAUAAACAUGUAUAGGUUUGGGCAGGCAUCACUGUAUUCAUUUGAAAUCGCCUGACCCUCAAGUCUUGAAAACAACACCACUACUGAAUCUCAUUUCCUAUCCAGUCAUGGAUACCAAUUUGUACAGAUUUUUAUCUUUGUUGCUUUUAAAAAACUGCUUAUAAACAGUCGUAAUUAAGCAGUAUAUAAAUUGUCAAAAUAAAUGUAAAAUACUUUUCAAAAUGUCCUUAUUAUAUACCACUCCUGCCACAAUUGUGAAGAAGUUAGUUUGCUGUGCUCUGUGUUAUGAAAGUAUAAAUUAUUGACGGAUUUUUUAAAAACUUAAAGUACUGUAUUUUUCCUUGCAUAAGACUAGGGGUUUUUUAAACCAAAAAAUUAGGUUUAAAAUUGGGGCUCGUCUUAUACAUGGGUAGUGCUGAGGGGUGUUUACUUAAUUUGGAGUCCUCAAAAAUAGGGAGUGUAUUAUACACGGAAAAAUAUGGUAUAUAGUUGUGUGUAUAUAGUACAUAGAUCUCCCUGAAGUCAGUCAGUUUGCAGAGGCUUAUUCUAAAGUGUUCAUAAAAGCUUGUAUCCUAACUUUUUCCUCUGUUAACAGAAGUGGAGUUGAACUCACUCUUGCAUUCACAACUCUCUUCUGUGAGCAGAAGCUCUUUUAGAUUAUGGAGCAAAAAGUUAGGAUCCAUGCGAAAGUGUCUAAUUUGUAAAUACUGAAAUUUUUAAAUUUCCUUCCAGCGAUAUCUUGUUAUACUUGUUCAUAAGGCGAAAUCUGUUUAUCAGUUAGGUGCACCCAAGGAUUUAGCGUGUCCAAUGGGAUUGUUGACUCUUUCCUCAUUUGGACAGCAGAUUUUCAUUCCAUAUUAUGAUCUGGUUUAAUAAAUGAUGUCCCAUGCAGUGUGCUGGUGUUGCUGUUUUAAAAAAAGGAAAAACUUCAAAGCCUUUUUGAGUAAACCUCAUUGGGACCAAUUCUGGCAAAACACAUAGAAUUAUUUAAAGUGGAUUAUAAAUGUCUCUAGCCCAUGGAACUAGUUGCAGUUUUUUUGGACCCUGGCCUUGAUUCUAACAUUUGUGAAUUGCUGGGUAUCAGAAAUUCUCCAUGAACUUCUGGGAUCAUUUAUUUUGUUCCUGUGGAGAAAAUUUAUUCAUUGAGGCCAUUCUGUAUCAUUUAUUUCUUUAUCCACAUCCAAAGUAAAAUAAUAAAUUCAGUUGUUUUUUUUAAGAACAUAAGAGCCUGCUGGAUCAGGCCCAUGGCCAAUUUGGUCCAGCAUUCUGUUCUCACAGUGGCUGGUCAGAUGCCUAUGGGAAAUCCGCAUGCAGGAUUCUAGUACAGGAGCAUUUUCCUGUCUUGUGGUUUCCAGCAACUCAGAUUCAGAAGCACCGCUGCUUCCACCUAUAGAGGCAGAGCAUAGCCAUCAUGCCUAGUAGCCAUUGAUAGCGUCCUUUUGCAUGAAUUUGUCUAAUCUUCUUUUAAAUCCAUCUAGGUUGGUGGCCCUCACUGCCUCCUGUGGGACCAAGUCCUGUGUAUAGCUCCGUACACUGUGUGUGUGAAUGAAUGAAUGAAUGAAUGAAUCACAAAGCAGAUUGCAGACAAAGAUUUCAUGUUAGGACAUGUUUCUGUUCCAACAUAAAAGUCUAAGAUAGUUAACAUAAAAGUUAUUUAGACAGAACCAUUGCACAAGCUAAAGAAGUUGUACAGCUUCAUAACAUUAAGAGAGAUUUAAAUAUGAUAGGCAAAACAACUUUGUCUCAUAUUCCUCCUUGGGUUUUUGCUUCUGAAGAGACAAAAACCCACUCUUGGCUUUCUUGUCCACCCAUAUUAAAUUGUUAACAAUUUCUGGGUCAUGUUUAAUGACUGCCUUGUUUAAUGAGGCAUUUUAAUAAAGAGAAAAGGUGGGAGGUUAAUUUUAGUUGUGGACCCAGUUUCUGUUUCUUCUACCUAACCAACUCAGUUUCCAUAGUUUUUGUAGCAGGUAAAACAUUCUUUAAAGAGAUGAAUUACCUGAUACAUUCAUUCCAAAAUAUUCUACCGGUGUGUUUGUAGAGAGAACGCCAUGGGUCACUGUGGAAUGUUGAUGUGGAUUGUGAAUAAAUUAACCCUAGACAGAGCACUGAAGUGUUUGUGGAGUUCACUGAACAGGCAUAAUCAUUAACAAACAACACAUGCUUCUGAAAAUACAUUGGUUUAAAAAAGAAUUCAAGGUAACAUAAGAGGGUUAUAUAUUUCUUUGUUCUUGAGGAUAAGAAAGGCAUCUAUUAUGAUAAUGUACUAGGGCUAUACAAUGGUAUUUUCUGUUCUAAAAGAUAUAUAUUUUGGCAAAAAGACCUUGCUAGUCACACUAGCUACACACAAGAAAAGAAAGUAGUUUUUAUCUCAGGUGAGUAACUAGUUGUAAUAAAAUAGAACAAGUUCAGUUCACCUGCAUUAGGUGUCUUAAAUCCACCAACGAAAGCUAGUUUUAAAAUGUAAGAAGUUGAAUGCAGAAAUGAACGUACAAUAUAGAUUAUGGUCUAAACAGUCCAAAAUAUGUUAAGAAGUAAUUAUUAAUCACUUUUAUGCAGAUACUUAAAGCUGCAGCCUUGCUAUCUCCAUGUACAGAGAGUGAAGUGUAGACGUCCUCUCCUGCUAUGGUGCUAAAGCACUUCUACACUUCCUCUGUUAGCAUAUAGUGGCUAGCGCAAAGGCUUUGCCUUGUGGAAACAGCAGGCUUCCAACAUUUCAUGGACAAAAAUAGGGAUGCAUGUACAGACAAAACGAAUGCCAUCAAGAGCUACUACCAAGGCUACAUUGUGUAGCACUCUGUAAGACAGCUAAUUACUGUAUUUUUCACUCUAUAAGAUGCACCAGACCACAAGACACACCUAGCUUUUGGAGGAGGAAAACAAGAAAAAAUAUAUUCUGAAUCUCAGAAGCCAGAACAGCAAGAGGGAUCUCUGCGCAGUGAAAGCAGCAAUCCCUCUUGCUGUUCUGGCUUCUGGGAUAGCUGUGCAGCCUGCAUUCGCUCCAUAAGAUGCGCACACAUUCCCCUUACUUUUUAGGAGGAAAAAAGUGAGUCUUAUAGAGCAAAAAAUACGGUAAACGCUCACAUGAGCCCAAAGCUGCAAUCUUAGAGACAUUUGCAGGAGAUUAAACAUGACUGACCACGGUAGAAUUUACUUCUGAGUAAAACAAGCAUAGGAUGGCAUUGCAAAAGACUUGUGCAAAAGAAUGUGAGGGUGAAGUGAGGCUCCAGGAUGGUAGAGAGUAUUAAAAUAAAGCCAGUUCAGUUCAAGGAAACUUUAAUACUGAUUAUUUCAAAAUUUUCAAAGCAGUUUUGGUCAUAAAGGACUAAUUGGAAUUUGACUGUCAAAAAACUUUUGUCAGUGAUGACUGAUUGACUGGGGGCGGCUAUUUUCUCGCCCACCAUGGAGCUGAAUGUAAUAUGUCAACAAUUUUAUUCCAGUAGUAACUUGUAGGAAAUGAGGAAGAGGUGUAAGCAUUUGGAAGUGCCAAGGAAAUAUUGGAGGGCAGGGCAAUAUUGAACUGAAGAAAAGUGCCUUAUACUGACACUGUACUAUUCUUUUAGAUCUUUAACUGGGAAUGAUUGUUUCAACUGAAUUCAAAUGUGUAGGCUUGUAAUCAUUCCAAAUAUUUACCACAGGGCUGCUGUCUGAAGGGCUUUGGAAUAUAGUCUGAAUUUUUUGUGUGUGUUUUUUAAAUACCAAGUCCUAAUGUAUGGAGGGGUCUGCAGAACUGAAGUACAUAGAAAAUUUCAUUAGGCAAGAAAUAAAGUUUUCUUUAGUUGAAGGAUGCAUUUCAGAAGAGAAGCUCAUCCAUGUUGGAGCAUUCCCAAGACUAGUAAAAGAAGCCAAAAUAUUUGGGGUGGGGGGAGCCAGUCCUGUUUACUCCACACAUUGUAAAACGUUGGUUGUGUGAAUCAUUUCCGAGUCCCUCCUGCUCACCUGAUCUGGAUGAACUCCCACUCCCAAGUGUAAGUAGGAUGCCAAUGGGAACUUUUUUUAAAGCCUCCUCUCUCCCUCUCCCUCUCUCUCCUCACCCCCCCUCAUUGUACCUCUAGCCCAUCUUUCUAGCUUUACAGUGGUAUCUCAGGUUAAGAACUUAAUUCAUUCUGGAGGUCCAUUCUUAACCUGAAACUGUUCUUAAUCUGAGCUACCACUUUAGCUAAUGCGGCCUCCCAUUGCUGCCAUCCCACCGUCAUGUGAUUUCUGUUCUCAUCCUGAAGCACAGUUCUUAACCCGAGGUACUACUUCUGGGUUAGUGGAGUCUGUAACCUGAAGCGUCUGUAACUCGAGGUACCACUGUAUCUCUUUCCUGUAGAGAUAUCUUCUAAAACAGUCAGCUUUCCAUAGACUCUGAACAUGUUUAAUGCACACUGAGAUACCUUGGUUUUAUUUCCCUGUCUUUCCCUUACUAAAGUUUUUUUAAUGGAAAAACUCAACAAAACCUUGAAGUCUUAAAUCUUAUUUGAUAUACUUGCCACACUUUGGGGGGGGGUGUGUUUGCGUAUCUUGUAAGUUUUAAGCCAAUAUGCAUUUGUUUGUUCUGUCCAAUAAAUAAAGUGUUUAAUCUGCCAAAAAGUCUGGUUGGGCUGCCAUGGCAACCAAACAAUGAUUGAAACUCAGCUGUCACAGUGACUUGUCUGGCUUGCAUUUUACUGCUCUGAAGCUUUUAUAGAAACGAGGCCUACGAAAUGCUAUAGGAAUCUUCAUGAAUGAGAAGAGAAGACCUUUGUGUGGAAAAGAAUGCACAGAAACAGUCUGAGAACGAAAACAUGUCCUUGCCUUGCACCUUCCUACCAUAGUGGCAAAAAUAGAUGUGUUUAUUUCUAAACAGUUCCUGAUGAGCCCGAUGUGCACAAAGGAACCUUCAUCACACCCAAAGGUGUUCAGAACCUUAAGACAACAAAUUCUGCAUUGUUAAUAGAACUGGGAGUGCCAAUUUUAUUUUGCACGCAGCUAUUCUGGGUCUGCUCUUCUAAAUGAACUUCAUUGGCAGUAGAUUUGAGACAACGAAAAGCAAGUAUUUAACACAAUGCAUUUUUAAAAAAUUCAGUGCCACAGUAUGUGAUAAUGUCUAUGGGUUUAGAUGGCCUAAAGAGGAAUUGGACAAAUGCAUGGAUGGUAAGUCUACCCAUCAGCCAUGCCACUAAAUAUCACUUCAGGAGGGAUUCCUGGGAAAUAUGUAGCUGACCACUGCUGGAAACAGGAUUCUGUAGUAGCUAGUCUUUUUCAUCUGAUCCUCUUGGGCUGCAUUUAUUUAUUUUUUAAAACCAUGAAUGGGCAAUUUUGUUUCUGUUGAAGGUCUCAUACAUUUGAGGAUAAUCUGUUGGGGGCUGUAUGUUGGUGGUGAGUGGAGACAAAAGUGUUCUGGAUUAAUUAAGAGGGAAUGAAGACCACCCUGCUGCAUUUUUCACCAUGGCUACUUCAAAUUACAAUUCACUAUCUACUCAGAAGUAAGCCCCAUUGAGUUCCUUUCUGACUUUUGUAUGCUAUACAUGCACACACAGAGCACAGAAGCCUGCUGUUUUGUUCUUGGCCAGAAGCCUCCUAAUUUGUUCUCAGACAGCUGGGGGAAAGCUGCUUUUACCUGAGCAGUUCAACCAGGAAAAUACGUGUUUAAAAAAUCAGUUUAUUUUUAUUAAAUAAAACAUUGCCCCUUCCAGUUGUUCUGUAACUACAUAGAAAGAGGUUGGGGGAGGAGAGAAUAGUUUUAAAAGCCGGCAAAUAACACGGAGGAAACUAAUGAAAUGAAUUUAUGGGUUAGAAGAAUGGGGCAGCUUCAGAAAGCAUUGAGUAUUGAAGGUUACCCACCUGUAUCUUAAGGGAACAAUGUCAUCUCUAAUUUGUUUACAUGGGCAGGUAACAUCCAUCAAAAUAUGGGGGCAGAAGAAGACUGUAUGUGUGUGCUUGUAAAGACACAGGGCAGUGUUAACCUAAUGAACCCCAUCAGCGGAAGCCCUUGUAGAAGGGGAAGCAGGUCAGAAAUUAAGGCUUCUGAUAUUUAUGUGGGUUACACAGUGUUCUCCAGAAUUUCACAGAAGCCAUAGAAUUACUGUCAAAACAUAGUUAUGGUAAAGUAAAGUUAUGGAAGGAUACUCUAGUAUGCAAAGGGAAGUAUGUGUGGUCUGGAGUAAAAGUUAAUAUUUGGAACUACUAAUACUACUGAGAUAGAGGAAUUAUGAUUGGAGUUCAAUCUUGCAAGUUCAGCAGUGUUAUUAGCUUGCAUAGUUUUCAGAAGCUUUCUUGCCAACACCUUCAAUUUGACAUUGUCUUCUUCCCUUAAAUAUUCAGAGACCCCUUCCUCCUGUCUCGCAAUGGAGAUUAAAACACAUGAGAAUAUGGAGAGGGGGAGGGAGACACUAAUGGCAAACGAAAUGAGUGGCAAAAAAGCCCCAAAGAAGAGAAUCAAAAUAGAUCAGCAGCAGCAAGAGAAAAGAGAGGAGUCCUUAAUCAUUUUGUAAAGGAGGACAAAGAGAAGCCCUUCUAAAUGGCAACAGGGGAGUCAAAGCAUCAGGAUGAGAAAUAGCAGAAGGUAGCAGAGGUUUGGUAAGACGACUAGCAUUUGACGAAUAGCAAGAGGAAGAAAUAAAAAUAGAUAAGGGAAAGGAACAAGAAGGAACUUAAAAUGUGUAGUUUAAUCUUAAUAUUGAUAAUGGAAGAAACCAGGGAAAGCUGAGGCUAUGUACAAACUACAGUGGUACCUCGGGUUACAGACGCUUCAGGUUACAGAUGCUUCGGGUUAAGAACGGAAAUCGUGCACCAGCAGUGCAGCGGCAGCAGGAGGCCCCAUUAGCAAAAGCGUGCCUCAGGUUAAGAACCGUUUCAGGUUAAGAAUAGACCUCUGGAAUGAAUUAAGUUCUUAACCCGAGGUACCACUGUAUACCUUAAGACACAUUCUUUCUCUCAGAGGAUUAUGGGCACUGUAGUUUGUUAAGACUUGUGAGUAAUCUGGGAGUAAGCUGUAUUGAAUUUAAUGGGACUUAUGAGUAGGUAUGGUUGGGAUUGCUACUUUAGUCUCAUAAAGUUUAAAAGGGGCUUACUUCCAGUUAAGUGUGUACAGGAUUGUAUCCUUAAACUGAAAAGCAGGAAAAUUGUAAAGUAAAAUAUAUCAUGCCAAUCAUCGUGGGAUGGAAUGAGCCUCUGAAUAAGGGUGUUUAUACAAUCAGUAGAUAAGAAAGGAUUUGUUUUUAAAAUAUGUAGAUAUAAUUGAUAAGAGCAGUUUUGUGAAGUGAAAAGUGAGACGGAAUCCAAGUUCUUGCAGUGAAUAAAGAAGAAUGGUGAUUUGUAAGGAAGGGAAAAACAAAUGUGAAAUUAAAAGCUUAGGGGGCAAGACAAUAAGCACUAUUCUGGUUGAGACAAUGAUGUGAUGUGCGAGGCUAUGAAGGCAGUUGGAAAUAUCAGUAAGACUAGAGGGAGGGAAAGAUAGAGCUGGAACACCAUCAGCUUAACAAUAGUACUGCAAGUCGAAAGAAGAUAUCAGACUUCCAGUGCAGGAGUUUAAAGUGUGUGAAAGGAAGUGGGUAAAGAAUUGACAUACACACCCUGCCCGAAAGCCUGCAAAAGAAGGAGAAAGCAAGGAAAACAGAAACCUUAUUCCUUUUUUUUCUUUAAGCAACAACUCAGCACUACAACAUCUUAAGGAAUGAAGUGAAUUAUGAAGCAGGUUCCUGUGAGAAAACAAUAGCAGCAGAAGUCUGAGGUAAAAGAGAGGUGACAAAUCUUGUUUAAAAAGGAACAUAAACUUAAGUAAGAAAACAAAAAAGAAGCGCAUAAAUACUGAGAGCAACAUCACUGGUUAGCUGAAGUAAUAGAUAGGAAAGUAGUAAAAUCUAAGAGUGGUUUUCAGUUCCCUGUUUCAGUUUUGAAGAGCAAGGACACCUGAGAAUCAUAGUGCACCUCUGUGUCUCCUUCAACAUGGAUACUCAUACUUAUUCCCCUCCUCCUUUUUUUUUUUUUUUUUGGUAAGAAAAGCUUGUUGGUGGCUAGAUUCCUCAGUGUUUUCUUUGGGUAUUUUCCAAAUAGUGAGUAAACUUGUUUACCUGAAGUGUUUGGAAAAGCUGACUUUAUAUUAGCAGCAAUGUUUAUUUUAGGGAAACGGCUUUUCCUAAGUGCUUGUUGGAGCAAUUUACAAUCUUGGCAGGUAUUAUGGUGAGAAAGACUGAGAAGCAAACUGGAGCUGGGCAGACUUGCUUGCUUUUUGUUGUUAUUUUGAAACAAGAUUUUAGAAGGCACAUAAAAGUUCUUCUGGCUCUUAUUUUAAAACUUUUAGGCUAUUUUUUUUCUGUCUGCAGGUGAUUGACUACUCUGUACCUUUUUUGUGAUGUGUAUGAACUACAAAUGUAGCUAUUGAAUUUUAUUUAUAUAUCUGUUCUUUGCUUGCAUGCGUAUAUAAAUCACAAUCCUGGGUUCAUGUUCAAAAUUGCAAGUCUAUCAAUUUGAAAUCUUUGAUUUGUAUGUGAAAAAUCUCAUUGCAGUUGUACCUUGGAAGUCAAACAGAAUCCGUUCCGGAAGUCCGUUUGACUUCCAAAACGUUUGACUUCCAAAGUGCAGCUUCUGAUUGGCUGCUGGAUCUUUCUGCAACCAAUCAGAAGCCGCAGAAGCCCCGCCGGACGUUCUGCUUCCAAAAGAACGUUAGAAAACCGGAACACUCCCAGUUUUAGAUCGUCCGGGAGCCAGAAUGUUCGACUCCCAAGGCGUUUGGGAGCCGAGGUACGACUGUAUAUUACUGAACGUCAUAUCAUAAUGCAGGAAAUUGCAAUUUAUAUGUACUUUGAAUGCCUUUGCUUUCAAACAUCAAGAGGAAGAACAGUUGUUAGUCUGCUACAGCAAACACCAAGAGCUCAAAAGCUGUGAGUGGAAUUCCACUCAUGAAACAUAAUGCCCUUCACUCUCUUGUACAGAAGAGGGAGGGAUGAUGACCCCAUUGCCUCCAUCUCCCCUCCCCUCCCCCCUCCCCUGUUCCAGAGGGUUGGGUAUUCACAGCAGUGCGGGAGGAUGCAGGGUAGAGUGGGGAUGUAGGGGGAAUGGAAAAAUCAGCAAGUUACCUCCCUCUUUCUUUUCAUAUAUGCUUGUACACAACUGAAGCCUUUUGUCUGCUUAUGUACUUUCUUGUGUUGUGAAACAGUAUCACACACAUACGGCAUAACAGUGCACAAAACACUAUGUUAGUGUACCCUUUCACAUAUUCAGUAAAGUAUCAUCCACAUUAGGGUUAGAGCACAAAUGGGGCAAAAAAUUGUGUUGUCGCCAAGGCAGUUUCUGGGAGGGAUUGAGGCAAAUGCCCAUUGGUCUGAAAUUUUGGGCUCCGAAAGGUGUUUUGAUGCCUGCAAAUUUCAUCCACUUCUGCAAAAAAUGCAAACGUUUGUUAGUUUCCCUAUUCUACUCAUUGAGGAAACUUAUUCAAGCCUUUGAUAAGUGAACUAAAGGAAAGUGCUACUUGGGAUUUAAACUAAAGCAACCUACUACCAUUUAAGCUGGUUACAAACCUUCCCCUUCUUACAGACCUUAUAUGGAUCUAUAGGGUGAUAUCCAAUAAACACAAGGAUUUCCGUUUGUGCAAUGGGAAUUCUCCCUUCUACUCUCCUUGUGUGUAUCCCACGCCCACCCCAAAACUGCUCCAGAGGUUGAGGUAACCCCCAAAACAGAUUUGGGGAGAAGAGUGGGGAAAGUUCUGUUGUACAAGAAAAACACAUUCACUGAUGAAAUGAGUAAAUUGGAUACUGCCUAUAAUAAAUCAAAAACAAAUAAACCAAUAAACCAAUAAACCAAUUCUUGUAUUUUUAUAGAAAGUUUAAAUGUUAAUUUUGAAAAGACUGUGUUUUCAGAAUCACCAUAUAAGAAUCGCACUUUGCAAAUCUAAAAUGGAAUGUAUAAGCAAUAUCGUCUCUACUCUUGCAGAAAAGGGCUGCUGGUAUUAUGAUUUGUGGUUUCUUUCUCAGGAAUUUCAGUUAGCACCUCAGACAACAUUGUUUUCCCCUUAUUGUACUGAUUCAAACUAACCAAAGAAUGCUUACAUACUACUUGUCACUGAAACAAAUUCUCAAUUUUAUUCAUUUUCAGUUUCCUGAAUGUGGCUUUUAUGGAAUGUAUGAUAAAAUUCUACUUUUUCGCCAUGACCCUACCACUGAAAAUAUUCUCCAGUUGGUGAAGUCAGCUACUGAUAUCCAAGAAGGUGACCUUGUUGAAGUUGUCUUAUCUGGUAAAAAUAAUAUUUUUAUGCUUUAUACUUUAUGUAUUUUAUAAUUGCUUCAGUGUGGGAAUCGGUAACCGUCCCGCUUAAUUUGGUAAUAGUUCUGACCACCAAGCCUGUCUCCUGACUCCACCAGCAGUUUGUCAGAUUUUUUUUAGAACUUAAGAACAAAGAAUAACUCUGGAUCAAGCCAGUCCAGUAUCCUGUUUCCAACUUCCAGGAACCCAACAAGGUUACCUUGUUUUAAACAGCAGGCAAAAGCCUUCCUUUUUACCUGGGCCUUUGGCCCUUAGUUUGAAGGGUUUUUAAGUAUUCACAGCUUCUUUUGGCAUGACAUGUCUUUAUUUGUGCAGAUGAUGUGGUGUUAAGGUUUUUAUUGAUUGUGUUUAUUGUAAUUGGUUUUAGUAUCUCUACUGUGAUUGUAAGUCACAUGGAGUUAUUUUUAAUUAGUAAAGCAAUUGAUAAAUGUUAUUAAUCAUCAUAAUCAUCAAAAGAAUCUUCACUUCUUUUAGAAAACAAUAGCCAGUCAAGUUAGAGUGAUAAAAAGGUUAGGCAGACAUGCCUCUUUAUUUACCCUGUAAAUUGCCUUCACAAUGUAUCAGGGGUCAGCAAACUUUUUCAGCAGGGGGCCGGUCCACUGUCCCUCAGACCUUGUGGGGGGCCAGACUAUUUUUUUGGGGGGGGGCGGGGGCGGAAUGAACGAAUUCCUAUGCUCCACAAAUAACCCAGAGAUGCAUUUUAAAUAAAAGCCCACAUUCUACUCAUGUAAAAACACAUUGAUUCCUGGACUUUCCGCAGGCUGGAUUUAGAAGGUGAUUGGGCUGCAUCCGGCCCCCAGGCCUUAGUUUGCCAACCCAUGCAACGUAUCAUUGAUUUGUAGGCACCAUAAGCAUGUAAAACAAAGUACUAUACUGUAUUUUCCCGUGUAUUGGACGAGGUUUUUAAACUCAAAAACAACGUCAAAAAACUGGGGUCGUUGAAUACAUGGAUAGUGGCAUGGGGGGGGGGAGCGGUGCUCUGCCAGCCAGUUCGUUGGCGGGAAUGCGGCUUCCCCCAAUGCUGCAGCGAGUGGGGAGCGAUCUGGGGGGUGUUUCCUGCUUGCAGCUGUGUGUGUGUGUGGGGGGAGAAGCUGCACACCUCUAGCCAGCUCGUUGGCAGGAGUGCAACCUCCCCCGAUGCUGAUGCAUGUGGCGGGUGCUCCCUGGGUCAUUUCCCACAUGCAGCGGUGGCGGCGGCAUCGGGGGAGGUUGCACUCCCAUGGGACUGCAAAUUCCCCCGAUGCCGCUGCACGGAGCGGGCACUCCCUGGAUUAUUUCCCCUGCACGGCGGCAUGAGAGGAAGUUGCGUCGGAUGGCUGGCGGGAGCUCAACUUCCCUCAAUGCCACUGCGUGUGGGAAAUGAUUUAGGGAGUGUUUCCUGCCCCCAGCUGCAUGGGGGGGGGGAGAGAGGAACAACAACUUUGGGCCAUCUCCCAUCAUUUCCUAAAAUUGAGUCCUAAAAUUGUGUGUGUGGGGGGGGGUUAUGGACAGAAAAGUAUGGUAUAUAUUUAGGGCCCAUCCAUGCUAUACAUUUAAAGCAGUCUGUGGCGGACCCUCAGAUCUCAAAUUUGAGUGGCACUCUGUGCGACAGCAAGAUUUGGCGCCCCCUGCUUCUCAACACUCCAUUCUAAUAAUAGUUGCAACAUCCCCUGUGGCACUCCCAAGGUUCCCUGCCCCUCAAUCCACCUCUGAGGUAGUAUUAUAUCACUUUAAACAGACUUGGCUUCCCCCAAUCAUCCUCGGAACUGUAGUUUGUUAAGUGUACUGAGAUUUGUUAGGAAACACCUUUUCCCCUCAGAGCUACAAUUCCUGAGGAGGGAUUGAUGGCUAAACCACUCUAGGAAUUGUGGCUCUGUGAGUGGAAUAGGGAUCUCGUAAGAACUCUCAGCACUAUUAACAAACUACAGUGUAUAGGAUUAUUUGGGGAAAGCCGCCACUGUUUAAAGUGGUAUGAUACUGCUCUAGAUGUAUACUGUAGAUGGGGCUUUUCCCUCUUUUUUAGGUAAAGAGUUGAAGAUAAAGAAAGAAAAUAGAGAUUUCAGACGUUAACAUUUGUAAGUUCUCUAAAUCUUACUGAAUCUAAACUUUAUUGAAAUAGGAAAUUCCAUUGAGUUGACCUGCAGAAAUAAAAUCAUACUUGAUAACCUUGCAAACCAAGUUGCAAUAUAUAAGAUACUGUAACAUUCUCUUAGAGUUACAAGAAGGUCAACUGCCAGGCAUUUGCUAAAGGAUCACAAACUUUAAGCACAUGGCUUGGAAACAUCAAAUCCAAACUUUCCUUUUGUUCAGUUAUAGCAAAUUUAUCCUUUUUGUUCCAAGAAAUGGCUUGUUCCUUUGGCAAUAUGCUGCCUGUCCUGUUUCUUUUACCAUAUUGCCACAAUACAUAAAGAUUUCUAUUUGGCACAUGGGUAUUUCUCCUUUGACAUGCAGACAAGAUUUUUUCAUUCUACUGAAAUUACAAAAGCAGCUGUAUGAUGAUGAUGAUGGUGAUGAUUUAAAUGUGCCUGCACAGUCCUGUACAAAUAUAAAGGCGGACUGCUUACCAACAGCAGAGGGAAGUAUAAGGACUUUAUUGUACGUUCAUUAUACAGUAGACUAGAUUUUAUGUUCAUCAUUCUUUAGGAAUGCCAAAUUUUGUCAGAAUGACAAAAAUAUUGACUUUUUUGUACUCUAAUUAUUAGUGGAUCCUGAUGUAAUAAGAGGGUUUUUACUGACCUGGUUCACACAUAACACUAAACCAUGGUUGGUUAUACAUUACAUAUUGGCUUAACUAUGGUUUGUUUACUGCCCACUAACCACAAGCUAAAACCAUUGUUUGUUGUUGGCUUAUAAACCUUGGUUGGUUUUAGAUAUGACUUUCACCAAACUAUGAAGGCAUGAGUCAAGAGCAAUGGGGGGAGAGAGAAACAACCCUAAAUGCUGGAGAAACAAAACAUGGUUUGUUUGUCUGUGGGAUAGUUCGUAGUGUGUUCAACAAACUAUAGCUUCAGCCAACUUAGUGUUAUGUAUUUGGCUACGCAAAAUUAUUUACUAGCACAAAUGCAACAAAGCGUCUUCUUUAAUCAUGCAUACUCCUUCCCUGGUUCUUCUCCAGUCCAGAAUAAAUUUCCCCUCUCUGUCACAGCUAUCAUUAAGUAUUACUUGGACAUCAAUGUCAGCAAAUGUUGGCCUUAACCUCCCACUUGAGAUGAGUGUUCGGACACCCCCCCAUACACUGCUGGCACCCCUCCAGGCCUAUGGAUGGGUAUGCUGGCUGUAAAUUUGGCAGCCAUGUGAAGUGGCCCUAUGUAUGUGCAUGUUUAGGGCUCCUUCGUGAUGGAAGAGGAAUCCUGGGAGAACCAGGGUUUUACCUCACAUGGAAAAGCCUUUCUCAACUUUUUUGUGUAUAGCCUUUUCAAGGGGUGGGAAGUGUGACUAGCUGGCACUAUCUCUUCACACAUCAAAAGAACAUACCAGGGAGUUCAAGUGAUCUCACAUGUUACCUACUGUUGUCUUACCACAAUGGUUGUGAGUUGUGUAGGGACUUAGUGAAAUGCCAAGAAGUGCCUCCUUAUCCCCUACAUAACUCAAACUCUUUGUAGUAGCACAAUGAGAAGGGUCCUGCUAGCUGACUUCAAGGUCUGGGCUUGCUCAUAAGCAUAGAAACAUUCCAAUAGAUAUCUAAGUAUCAUGUUUUUCAAGGCUUUAUAUCUUAUCAACAACCCAUUUGUGCCAGGUAACAUACAGUCAGUCAGCCUCCAAUGACGGAGAUGGAUCAUUGUAAAUUUACCAAAUACUACAGGUGGAGUUGUUGGGAUGCGGAUGGCGCUGUGGGUUAAACCGCAGAGCUUAGGGCUUGCCGAUCAGAAGGUCGGCGGUUCGAAUCCCCAUGAUGGGGUGAGCUCCCGUUGCUCGGUCCCUGCUCCUGCCAACCUAGCAGUUUGAAAGCACAUCAAAGUGCAAGUAGAUAAAUAGGUACCGCUCCGGCGGGAAGAUAAAUGGCGUUUCCGUGUGCUGCUCUGGUUCGCCAGAAGUGGCUUAGUCAUGCUGGCCACAUGACCCCGGAAGCUGUACGCCGGCUCCCUCGGCCAAUAAAGCGAGAUGAGUGCCACAACCCCAGAGUCGGUCACGACUAGACCUAAUGGUCAGGGGUCCCUUUACCUUUUUUACAGGUGGAGUCACUUACAAUUAGAGUUCUGAGAGUCCUGGGCUACGUGUUUAGUUAUUGGUGUUAGUCUAGUUUCCCUUCUCUCUCUUUCUCUUCUCUCUCUGUUAUUCCCUUUGCUGAAAUUUAAAUUGUAAGUUUCUUGGGGCAGGGAUCAGCCCUUUUCUUUUGCUAACUCCGAAACAUGCCAUAUGUGAUGAUAACAGUACAUAAGUAAACAAAUCUCAAAUAUUUUAUGAUGCAGCAGAGAGAGAAAAUCAAAAUCUAAAUGAGAAAGAAAAGUUGUUUUCUUUUAAAUGCUCACUUUCUUAAUGUAAAGAUUUUUACCUUUUGCAUUUGCUUCCAAAUAUCUAUUAUGUAUAAGUUGUACAUCUUAAAUUUGUCAGGUUCCACAGUCAUUUUUUUUAGGAGUAAACAAAAAGCACAAUAAAUAAAUUUUACUGAAGCUGGAUUGGAAGUCAUCUGUUUCCUCACACAUUUCAGGUCUUUUUGGUUCAGAAAAAGAACAGUGCCUCUAAAAUAAUGUACUAUAGAUUUGAAUAGGCAGUCAUUUUGAGGUGAUCUGUCUUCUCUGGCAUGUAAAAUUACAGGGUUCUUAUGUAAUGAAAAAGUAAUAUGCUUGGAAGAGUUUUCACAAGUUUCUUAUGUGAAACACUAAUAGAUUAAAACUUACAUUAAAAAACUAGGUUGACACUGUGCCUGCCAGCCAAAUUCAUAGCAUAAUUUCAUCAAAAGAAAUGAAAACUAUUAUAGUAUGAUUUUACCGAAAAUAUUAAAUUUUAUACCACGACUGAUACAACAAUAAGAUUGUCCAAAUUUUGUCCUUGAAGGCACAUGGAAAUCAUUGCAUAUUGCUUUAGUAUAAUCAGAGAGAAAAUGGGAUUUUUAAUACAGUUUUUUUUCUUUAGAAGGGAAGCUAGCGAGAUGUUAUUGAGCUUUCACACAGAAUUUCAUGAGGUGUUUUUUUCACCCAUUGAUAGCAAAUGUAAUUGAGUUUUAUUUAAGUUCUUUUCUAUAUCUGAAUGCCACAUUGGAUCAUAUGAAAGAACACUGCCCUAAUACAUGCCUUGAUAGUAAGUAGAAAUACGGAAUUGUUCAAGGUGUAGUUACCUAAUGAGCAAAGUUGAUUUAUGAUAUGAGAACAUGAAGUGAAAAAUAAUAUCCGGUGGCCUUUUGGAGUUAGCAAGAAAUUUCCUUAUCAACUGCUUCUGUGAAUCAAGCUGCUAGAUAUACUUGUAGUUUCAUAUUUGAAGAUCCCUCUCCUAUUUCAACAGCUCUGUUAGCAACAUGGGGCUCCCUUAUGCUGUUUCAUAGUAUCUAAAAGAAAAACUAUUAUUUUAAAAGAAAAAUGCUUCUUCUGUACAUUCCUAGGAAUGUAGCAGUAAUUACGACAAUUGAUGGAGGAAAUGUGAAAUUAAGCAUAAAAUUCACAUUCUGACUCAAAGGGGAGAAGUUUUGCCUUUCUUUGCAAGAUGCAUGUGUUUUUUUUUAAGAGAACAAAAACCAGCCAUUUUGAAUGAAAAUAAUUCCAUACAUAUAGUUCUGUGAGUCAUAUUUGUGUCAAGCUUCUAUGAAUCAGUGUAAAGUCAGACUGGUAGAUAAUUGUAUGAUGUCAUUUUUUCUGGUUAAAAAUGAUUUGAAAAGAUUGUUUUAUGGAAAAAUAUAAAAUUUGCAUCAUAAGUUAAAAGAAAAAAUAUUUUGUCUUUUGGAGUAUCAUGAGAUGAGUUGAUUUUUUUUCUUGUUAACCACUUAGAAGUUUUACUGCAGUAUAGUUUUGUGUGCACGCACACACAUAUAAAUUUAGAAGAGUAACUUUUGUCUUCAUCUUUGAGUUUCAUUCAACUGAAACUUCUUAAUAUAUAUCUGUUGAGUUCUAACAACUCCCAAGCUUUUUGGAGAGAGGUGGUCUUGUUGACUUUGCCUGUCAACUUCCUUUUUACCAACCCCCCCAGAUUUUUGAAAAGUUUCCUCUUUUGAAGUAAAUGUGAUUGUAUUGGGCAUAAAGUGGAACAGAGCUAUCAUCCACCUAGUCAAAACACUCAGGGAGAUCUUGGGAUGAAGAGUGAAAUCAAGGAAGCAUUCCAAAGAGGAAAUGUUGUAAUAAUAAGGGGUGACACAGAUUGGCUACAAAAAAGGAAAAUUUCUAGAUCCUCUGAAUGAUUGUGCCCUAGAAAAAUUGGUCAUGAAACCAACCAGUGGGACAGCAAUUCUGGACUUAAAUAAUGGAUGGCCCCCAGGACCUGGCGUGAGAUGAACCAAUUGGGAACAGUGACCAUAGUGCUAUUAAAUUAAAUAUACAUGGAAACAGCAAAUUGCUCAGAAAGUCCAUUAUAACAGCGGUGUCAUUUAAGACUAAAGCAUUUCAGUCUGCCCAGCUUGGCUCAGAGGCUUCUAGAAUUAGCAUAGAUCAGGGAACCUUUCACCCACCUCAUUACCAGCUGUUAAGCAGGCUUAUUGGAGCUGUUGGGAGUUGUAGUUCAGCAACAUCUGGAGGGCCAAAGGUUCCACACACCACCAUUAGUGCAUAAAAACGUAUAUACAGUGUCUCUCUUCAUGACAUUUGCUUUUUUGGACUUCGUUUUGGCAUCUCUGAAUUACUGUCCUGUGCUCCUGCACUCACAACCCCAACUCUACUCCCCCCCUGUUGACCCCCCCCCAAUUUUGUUUCAGCUUCACCCCAGCUCCUGUCAGCUUUCACCUCACAAUCUUAUUAAAACUUAUUAAAGGGUUUUCGAAGAGCUGCUAGAGUACUUGAAUUCGCGUGAUGCCCUUCCGAUGUUGUUGGGCUCCAGUUCCCAUCAUCCCCAAUCAGCAAGGCCAAAAGUUAGGGAUGAUAGGAGCUGUGGGCCAGCAUCUGGGGGUGGGGGGCAGCAGUCUGGCAAUUCAUGACACCAUUGUAUAGCCCAGGAACAUAUGACUCAGUAUGUCUUGCUGUUUGCCUUUUUCAUGCCUUUUGAAACAGAACAAUGGACUAGGAAUUGACCAAACCACAGAGAAACAAGAAUAAACAUGGUGGGUGUAUUUUAUUUGGCAAGUUUGCAUUUGAAAAUAUUUUAAUCCAAGACUAAGAGGCUAGAUAUAUAGGAAGAAGGGAUAAUAUAUUUAAUGUUUCGCAGUUACUUUGUAAAACUAGUACAAUGGUACCUCAGGUUAAGAACUUAAUUUGUUCUGGAGGUCCGUUCUUAACCUGAAACUAUUCUUAACCUGAGGUACCACUUUAGCUAAUGAGGCCUCCCACUGCUGCUGCGCAGCCGCCACGUGAUUUCUGUUCUCAUCCUGAAGCAAAGUUCUUAACCCGAGGUACUAUUUCUUUUUUUUAAGAAUAAUUUUUUAUUAACCGACCAAUCGCAUCAAAUCAAACCAAAUUACAUAAAUGCCAAAUUUUAAAUUUUUGUUGGGGGUACCCAUAUUUCAAGUUCUGAAGGGGGUCCAAUCAACUUCUUGCUUCUUACUGCUGUUUUAAUGUCCACAAAUCUAACCUUAUGAUGUUCACAGUACUAUCCAGUCCUUUCUUCUUGUUUUUCCACAUCUCUUGUUGUUAUUUUCAUAUAUUUUUCCUUUCUCUUUGUGACCUCUGAUAGUCUCCACAAGCUGGUUAGACAGUUUGUAAUCCUGCGUGGAUAUUUUUUUUUUAAAUCCAGUAGCCAUAUCCAGACGUUUUCCAUGUAACAUCACUUCCAUACAUCAAAACAGUCUUAGUGUCAUUAAUCUUCACCAAUCUGUCUCCUUUCUCAAAACCUCUGAGGAGAUGCAGGAAUGCAGUCUGAAAACAAGUCCGUUCCUUCUCUCGGCUAUAAAUCCUUUGGCAAGAUGGCGACUCCGAAUUAAUUGCUGCGCCAUUCCAAAAGCUCUUAUUGCUUCUCGAUCUCCAUAAAGCAUACUUUUGGUUAAAGUUUAUCUCCACACAGACCUUAAUCAUCCUGCUUGGGUCAGUUCAACCGACGAUUCUAAUAAGGAGGGGUUCGUGUAAAUCACAUAGAAGGAAAGUAAAAAAAGGUGUCCCCCCCCAUUCAGUCCCGUUGUCAACAUACCCAGCCUUUGGUGUAUCGUCAUCGUAAAAUAUUCCUGUUUCUCCAACCCGUCGUCUUUCACAGAGGUCACUUAAAUUAGCAGACUUGACUCCCCUUCUUCACUUGAAAUAUGUGCAUUUGCUUCUUUUGUAAUUAAUUAUUCCAAAUUGCUGCAGCUAGUGCGCGAUCAGAGACAGUGUCCAGGAGAGCCGAGGUCCACACGGGGGCAUUCUGCCUAGGGCCCUCACCCCCUUCUUUCGAAUUAGGGGGUGAUUUAUGGGCACAGCAGGCAAGGGCAGUGUUCCCCAUUUCCUUGGGGCAACAAGGGAGGCUGCCUACUCCCAUAAACAGCCUCUUAAUUACCCCGUGUGGGUCGGAGAGAUGGUAUUGUCGGCCAUCUUCCAAUGCGCCCCCUAGUGCCCCCCCGAGGUACUAUUUCUGGGUUAGCAGAGUCUGUAACCUGAAGCAUCUGUAACCUGAGGUACCACUGUACUGGGAUAAAUUGAGGUAAUUUGAAUGUAAGGACAUAGUAGGGCACAUAGUAAAACAGAGUGCAGGAUUCAGUCAUAGGCAAUCAGUUUUAAGUUCAACUAAUGUCAAUGAAAGAUAUUUCUGCUAUUGUUAUGAAUGGGGAAUAAAUGUGCUUUAUUUACAGUACAAUUCUACAAUGCCUACUCAGAAGGUAAUUCCAUUGCAUUCAAUGAAUUUUACUUCCAAGUAUGUAGGUACAGUAUAGGACUUCAGCCACUGGACUAUUCCUCUAAUUCAAAAUCAUCUGCAGAUGCCUUUCACCCAUAGUUUGUUACAUUUCUAUUUUAAAAGUUCAUUUUAAAUUAUCAAAGAACAAUUUGCAUUGUUCUUUGCAUUGUGUAUUGCAAAUUAAAUAAGCCUGGUCCCCCUUAUGUAAAUGGCUUCUGUGUGAUUCCUCUGGGCUAUCCUUGGGUUCAGAGAUCAGGUGGUGGCAUGCAUUAUAUGAACUAAUACUUGACUGAUAAUUUUCCACCGCAGUUUCUCUCAUUGCCACCUCUCCUUUUGAAGCCAUUGUGAGAUGGAAAUCACAGUGUAAGUAUAUUUGCAGAGUACAGAUUCCUGUACACUUCAAAGAGACUGUGUUGGUAUCAUUUAUUUCCCUGAAGAGAAACUCCAGAAACUUAGGUUUAUGAACAUCAGUGGUGCUGAAUUUCUAGAAGGAAAGCUGUCGGAGAUCAUACCUUCCUAACAAAUACAAUUUAAGGACAGGAAGCCUCUUCCUGCCUCAAUCCUACUUUUGUACUGGCUUUGGCUGUUGAUUGCUUUGGGAGAAGUGUUUGUAUGACCUAAAAGGCACUCAUAUUGUUUUUUCAUAUGCUUCGGGGCUCAAAAAAUGUUCUGUAUUGAAGCCUUCUUGAAUCCUGGCUCAUAAUAACCUCUGGCCAGUGAGUUAAAUUAUGGAACAGGAGAUUUGUAAAAAGCUUUAAUCUUCUCACAUCAAGUCUAUUCGAUUUUUUUUUUUUAAUGUUUUGAGUUUAGGUUCUGUGUGUAUGCUGUGUUUUCACAUAUUCCAUAAAUGUUCACAAGCGCUGUUUUUAUGUAAAGGGUUGUGAGCUGUGCUGACCUCAUAAUUAAUCUGCAGAGAAACUAGCUGGAUAAGUUUACAGUUUUAAUAGGAGAGGUGCCAAGUAUUUCAUUGCUAGCUGACUUGUAGCCGAAGACUGCAGACUAGGAAGUGAUUGUUGUAGAAGUCAGUACUGAAAAAAACAGAUUCAAGAAUCCAUAAGUUCCAAAUGGAAAGGGUUUAAGACGACUCAAUAAUGAGAUCAUUAAGGUAGUUGAAUAAGAGUGGUUUCCAUGAAUUCCAAGCAUUUUAUCCAGUGGUGUUCUUUACUGAUGAAAGGCUGCUUGAUCCGUCAGGACUUCCAUUAGCAGAAAGAGUGGAGGUACUUUUUGCUGAAGCCCCUUUCCUUUGCAGCUACAUCGUCCAUCUUUUUAAUCUGCUCCAGUGGUUUGAGGAACUCACUGGAACAGCAUUGUAGGUAGCACAGCAGACUUCAGGAAAAGGGGGAGAUACGUAAGGGUCAGCUUCGCACCCUCCUUUUGACUAACAGAAGCCUCCACUGGAUCAGAUAGCUUGCACGCAGCAGAGCAACAUUAUUUGAUGUGACCCAGUAGAAAAGGAAAAAGGAACACAGUUGCUUGAGUAGCUUGAAAGAGUUACACUAACUAAAGCAUUCUUCUUUUUGUUUAGUUUGCGUAAGAAUCUGAACACAAGCUGCUCUGAAAGGGACCCUGUCUAUCAAAACAAAUGGGAGCUGUGUAUCAGAGAGACAGAAUGUUAAUAUAAUUUAUUCUUUUAAAAUAUAACAAAAUGCAUUGCUUCCUUCUGACUUCAGAACAUGAUUCAAGAUGCUGAUUUUGACCCAUCAAGCCCUCAGUAGUGUGGCACCUGUGUGGCACAGAGAGAGCAUUUUCUCCUUUGUUCCAUCAUGACCUAAUAAUCAAAACAGAAUGGUGUCUUCACUGUCUGAACACAAAAGAAGAAGGCUAUGCACACAUUACUAUUUACUCUAUACCCACUAAGCACCCACCGCUGGUUUUUGAAGCAAUAUGCACAUGACAUUAGCCACUGUAUUCUGUAGUUCCAUGAGAAAUAUUUAAUUGUAUUUUUUCCUCAGUUUCAUCUGAAUUGAAAACUUAGGGCAUGUUCACUUUGUAGUUAAACUGAGGUGUGUACACUUGAGACAGCUGCGGUGUGCAUGUGGACAACUGUGUAUACACAGGUGACAACUUCACAAAUAGUUAAGAGGGUAAAGGUAAAGGGACCCCUGACCAUUAGGUCCAGUCGUGGCCGACUCUGGGGUUGCGGCACUCAUCUCGCUUUACUGGCCGAGGGAGCCGGCGUACAGCUUCCAGGUCAUGUGACCAGCAUGACUAAGCCGCUUCUGGCGAACCAGAGCAGCGCACGGAAACGCUAUUUACCUUCCUGCCGGCGCGGCACCUAUUUAUCUACUUGCACUUUGACGUGCUUUUGAACUGCUAGGUUGGCAGGAGCUGGGAGAGAGCGACAGGAGCUCACCCCGUCGCGGGGAUUCGAACCGCCGGCCUUCUGAUCAGCAAGUCCUAGGCUCUGUGGUUUAACCCACAGCGCCACCCACGUCCCUAGUUAAGAGGGUACUUGCAUCCAAUACCCUUUCCUCAUACUGGUGUGGACAAACUGGCUGACUUAGAAACACAUCAAAUCUAACUGAUGUGUACAGCAGUGUGCAAAUGAAAUUUGAAGCGCAGCAGAAGGGGGAAAUGACCUUGCUCCAUUUUAAACUGGUAAUAGCUAAAGAGAAAAGCAUUCUAGGAGACUGUGGUGCAGUUUUGAAAAUCCCUUCCUCUGGGGCACAUUGCCAGAAUCUGAAUAAUUUUUUAGAAGUGUUGUUAAUUAUGAGCAAGCAGGAAAUAACAUAUAUUUGAUUAAGUUUUCUGUUUGUAAUUCUCUUAAGCUGUUAUUACUACCAACAUUUAAGAAGGUACAGAAGAGAAGUUGCAGUAAAUAAAACAGUACAUAAGUGAUUAAAGAAAAAUGAAUUUUCUGUUGUCAGAAAUGUGUGAUGAUCAUGAUCUUAACUAUUUAAAUGGGAUGGGGGGGGAGAGGAGUUCAUGUAAGGGAGGAGAGGAAGGAAGUGUACAUGUGCCAGAUUGCUGGUGGUGUGCUAGCCUGCAAAGCGUUCCUUAACAUUAGAGACCAGGCACUAUUACAUAUAUACCAAGUUCAUGACUUGUGCUUAGCCCAGCCUUCGCCAACUUGAUGUACACUUACUCUCAGACCCAGUCAGCACAGCCAAACUUGCUGGAUCUUAUGGGAGCUGUAGUCUGUAGUUCAAAUCCUUUGGAGGGCACCAGGUUAAUUUAUCAGCCAUAGCCUAGAAAUCCCUCCUCCAUUUAGCUUGUUCAGAAGAUCCAACAGCAUUCUUCUCUCUCUCUCUCUCUCUCUCUCUAUAUAUAUUUGUUUGCAGUGAAAAUUGUUUUGGAGACGGUGGAAUAGAUGUUUCUUAUUGCCAGGCUGAAUUUUUUUAAUUUUUAUUUUAAACUGCACUUUUAACCCUGCAACACAGUGGUUGAUCUGCUUUUCUGUACUUUAUGGCACUGCAUACUUUUGGAAAUGUAACUUUAGCUGAAAUGAUACAGUUUACGUUCCACAUAUGCUGCAGAAUUUCACUUUUACUGUCCUCUUGAAAUAGCAAACCUUUGUUUUAUACUUAAGUCAAACAAAGGUCUUAGAACUGAAAGCUCUUGUGCCAAAAUGCCUCAGGCAUUCUAUUGUUUGACAAGUAAGACGCAGUGAUAAAGUAAGUUGUAAGUGUAGCACUUAUGACUAUAUGACAGUAUUUCCUGAUGAAUAACUUUUCACAUUUAUACAAUUUAUACAUUUACACACACAGACUCAGAAAGUUUUUGCAGACAGUAAAUAAAGGAUCACCAGCAUCAUGCUUGUGAGUGCAAUGAUCUCCUUCAAGUCUUUCCCAGGUAACCACAAAACCUUAUGACUGUCCCCUUAGUCAUAAGGUGACAUUUUCUCUUCUGUCAAGUUUGUGGAACUGAAGGAGAAUGUUGCAUAUGACUUUGACCCAAGUCUCUUAGAAAAAUGAAUUGUCUCUCUGCGUGCGGUUUCUCUCUUUCUGCCUCUUGAGAGGGGGGUCUAAUUGAGAGGGGGAAAUAAGUAACCAGAACAGGCGGUGCCCAUGGCUCUUACUCAAUGAUAUAAUUUGAUAAUGGACCCAAAAAGGUUGGCAAACUCUGCAAUUAUGGAUUUAAAAAAUACAGAUUGGCAUCCAAUUUGCAUGAGCAACACAGUACAUGAUGCAAUUUAAGGCACAGAAGGACUGCUCGUCAGUAUCUUUCCCUGAAUAUUAAUUCUUCCUAUGAAUGAUACAGCCUUCAGUGAUUGAGCCUGAAGUAUCAAUAGAUCCUUUGUGCCAAAGUUGGAUUUCUCCUAGUGGUUGGAUUAGGCUUUUAGUAAUGUCGUAGGGUUGGGAUUGGAAAUGGAUGAAGUUCAAUCUAGGCUGUAACUGGGGCUUCCAUUGGUAACAAUAGUUUGGUUUUAUAUAGAAGAUCACAUGAUUGAAACCAAAGAAAAUCCAGAAAUCUUUUCCCAAUAUGUUUUUUUACUCCCUGCUAUUAUCAGUUUAUCUGAGCUAAACCACUUGCUGAAAAAGAGUAGCUUUUUAACGUAGCAAUAUUAGGCACAGUUAGGCCUCCAUAAUCGUCGUUGUCGUCAUCAGAUUUCAUUUUAAACUUUUGGGAAAUCUUUUCUUUCACCAGCUUCUGCAACAUUUGAAGACUUUCAGAUUCGACCCCAUGCUCUGUUUGUUCAUUCGUACAGAGCACCAGCCUUUUGCGACCACUGUGGAGAAAUGCUGUGGGGUCUUGUACGGCAGGGACUCAAAUGUGAGGGUGAGUUAAAGAUCGGCCUCUGUGCUUUUGCAAAAGAAGUCUCCAGAUACGUUGCAAGUGAUAUAAAUGCUCAAAAAUUUCUGGGCAGCAACAAAGAAAUCAAUCAAGUUUAGACCAUACAAUCAUAACCCCCCUCCUUGGAAAAUUCUUUAUGCUCUCUCUUAUUUUAUUAUGAUUAAUUCAGUAAUAAACCACUUUGAGGAUUUACUACAAUCAACUGGUAUAUAAAUCUUGUGAAAAUAAAUAAAUAAGUAGUACUAAUUACUACUGAAGUUCAUGCUCAGAUUUACAAUCUCAUUCACUUCUAUUGGAGACGUCUGCUUUUAUGGGAUAAAGAGGCUACAACAGGGGGUGCUGCUGAGAUGGGAGGAAAAUCAUUAAGCUUGACUUAGGCAUGCACAUUCAAAUGUGCAUGCACAUUUGUGCCCACCUAAACCUAUCUAUCGCCUGUCCCCAUACAUGCUGCAUGAUUCGGUAGACACAAUUGUUCUUUUCCUCUUUCAUGUACCAUAACCAGGUCAUCUCCAACUAAACCAUGCUUUCAGUAGACCUACUGAAAUGUAGGGAGAUGCAAGAAAACGGUCUGCUGGUUGCCAUCAAAAGAGUUCACAAUGACACCUCCUUUUAUCCCUGAUCCAAAUGCAAGCCAGAGCCGUCCUAAGGAAGCACUCUGAGCUGGCUCAGGAAAUCAAGGGUUAGUGCCCAACUUACUGAGAUACCACCUAAACUCCGCACUGUUGAAUAAACUUGCUUAUUCAAAAGCAGGCAUUUAAGAAAUCCUUUCCAAAUUACUAGUUUUCAUCUGUUGCUUUAGAUUGACAUAAUCUGAAAUCAGCAUUAUUUUUUAUUCAAUUUUCAGGAUGUGGCCUAAACUAUCACAAGAGAUGUGCAUUUAAGAUCCCUAACAACUGCAGUUGUGUCCGGAAGAGACGGCUUUCAAAUGUUUCCUUGACAGGACUUAGUAAUAUCAGGACAGUGUCUGCAGAACUUUCACCUACUACUACAGAUGAAACUCUCCUGGUACAAAAUUUAUAAAUAUUAAACAUAGCAGGUUCUAUAAUAAUAAAUGAAUGACUUUUGAACACUUGAUCAUUACUUUUCUACAGAAAAUAUACAUAUAUAUUUCCAGAAAUCUGCACACAGUAAUAUACCAUGAAAAAAACACACCAGUUAUUAUGUGCUAGACCACUGCAACAGGGCUGGCUCAAGACUUUGUCUUGAUGAUAUGAAGAGCAAGAUGGAGGUCCCUACUCUUCUCAAAUAUAGAAGCUGACUGGACAGAUACCGAAUUCCACACAGAUGGAUGCCCUUAUCAAACAUUCCUUGUGCAUAAGGAAGUUCCAGUGUGUACAUGAAGCUCUCGUGUAUGCAUAUGCUUCCUUAUUCACUGAUUUAUAUAAUGGCACCAUACAUGUCGGCCUGACAGACACCCACACCUGGUAAAAUUUUAAUAUAAAUGUUAAUGUGCAAAAUAUUGCAUGCCAUAAUCAGCUAGCCUGCCACAGAAAAUGAAAGCUAGAUUCACUCUUAAUCAGCUUUUAAAACAUCUAUUACUUGCGCUUAUCAUGCUAGACCUAGAUAGAUUAUAGUUUGAACUAUUACAUUAAUAAAAAUAACGAGAUCCCCUCCCUUAUCCAAAAUACAAACAUUGCUCUAAAUAAACUCUCAUGGGGUUUAAAAAGUAAUUACUUAUACAUUCCACAUGUUUUCUUACAUGUGCAUCUUUCCCAUGCAUAUUUUUUCUCAGUGCACUCCUCUCCCCAAAUACAUAUUUUACCAACUGAAACUGUUUGAGCUUUCUUUUUCUUAUGGAGUCACAUUCCAUAUUUGAGCUGUAAUAUCCAUUAGAACAGAGUCUGUUUAUAAUAUGCCAACACUAAAAAGCUCCAAUAAGAAUUAUGAGCACCCACUGUCUUAGCAAAGUCUGAAGAAGAAUAAGGUUUAAAAAACCCUCUGGUGUGAUUCCUGUUCUCUUAAUGUGAUAUGUUGCUACUUAGUUGCAUGCAUGAUUAAGUAACAUAGCAACGCGGCCCCUCGAUACACAGUGCCCAGUCCAAUAAAUAAGGUCACUACAGAAGUGUUGUCAGCAUUCUUUUCAUAUCUUUUGGGGGUGCAUAAUAAUUUUCAGUGAAUUUCAGUGGUCUUAGCGAUGGAGGUUCAGUGGUCUUAGCACUGGAGCUGCUGUUGUUGUUUAGUCAUUUGGUCGUGUCCGACUCUUCAUGACCCCAUGGACCAGAGCACGCCAGGCACUCCUGUCUUCCACUGCCUCCCGCAGUUUGGUCAAACUCAUGUUGGUAGCUUCGAGAACACUGUCCAACCAUCUCGUCCUCUGUUGUCCCCUUCUCCUAGUGCCAUCAAUCUUUCCCAGCACCACUGGAGCUGUACCCGGGUUCAAAUCCCCAUUCAGGCACACACAUUCAUUGGGUUGGCCUUGCUAUACUAUUGACUCUUCCCAAUCAGUUAACAGCAGGACCUGCAAGAGGAACUUGCUGACAGGAAUUGCUGUGGAAAGGAGAGCGCUACAUCUCAGUAGAGCAAAGGCUUUACCUGCAGAAGGCAUCAGAUGACCAGAUACAAGAGAGAAAGGGCUUUCCUAAGCUUUAAUAGUUGCAUGACAAUCUUCACAGGCUGCAAUUUUUACUUUUUUCUCUUCUACACAACUAUUAAAGCUGUAGGAGCUCUGUCUACCCUUUGCAUCUGGUCACACCAUGAAGGCUCUAGGUUCAUUCCCUGGCAACUCUGGAUAGCAGGAUUGUAAAAUACCCCCUUUUCUCUGAUGCCUUAGAGAGUCAUUGGUCAUCAAAAGUAGGCUAUAGGCUACUAGGGUAGAUGAGAAAAUUAGUGGACUUGCUUUAUCUCCGUAUGGAGAUAAAGAUAAAAUCUUAUAAAGCACACUGCACUUCAAAAGUGAGAUGUAAGAAUAAUAAAAAACAAUUAUAAUAAUUAAUACACAGAGAACUAAAGAGCUGUGGGGCAAGCACAGGGGCUUAAGGACACUUACUAGGAUUUUGUCAUCUUCUUAAGCAGCAGGGUCACAAUCUGCCUUUAAAUAUUUCCUCCAUGUCCAAAAUGACUUACUACUGUGACAAAUCAGAAGCUCACUGUCCUCAACACAUGGAAGUACCUGCAAUGUUCCUUGGACAUUUCCAACAAUAGUUGGGAUUUAUCACUGGGAUGUAGUGUUUGAAGAAGAAGAAAUUUCACUAGACAAUCUCAAGCUCUUUGGCUUGGUCAAAGGGGCUGACACAUUUACACAACACAAAUUGCUGUCUUUCACUACAGGACUUACAACAGAUUUAUUGGCAAUUCAAGUGGCAGUAAGGCCAUAACCUAAAUAAGAAUGUGCAAACAUUUGCAUUGGCACCUUUGAAGAGUUCAGAAAGUCCCGUUGUAAGACAUAUUUUGAGAGAUUGUGCCAGCAUAGCUCUUGGGGCACUUCAUACAAAGUGCUUUUGUUCUGAUGCAGGAAAUCUUAAGUGUGGGUGAGACAUUACUUUCUCACAUGUCUUUCUCAUGUGAUACGUGGCAAGAAAACAACGGGGGAAAAUGAUUCUUGCUUUAAAAUUGUGCAUUUAAAUGUAUAUUCAAAACAUUCUAUCUGUGUUGUGAAUACCAGUCAAGUAUUAUUAAUUGAAGUUCUAUUAUUUGAAAAUUUUCAGUUGAUUCCACAAAGGCAAGGACACCCAAGAAUGGCAACCUGCCUUUAUCAGUGUAUCAUGGUAGCACCUGAUAACACCUGAUAAAGACAGGAGUGACUCUGGGAUAAUAUUUGACAAGUCCAUUUGCAAAUAUUUUUUAAAGCUUCAGGACAGAUUUCAUUUUAGGACAAGCUCAGUCUUCUAAGAUAAGUUUAGAGGCAAACUUCAUCUAGACAAAAACAAUAAAACUAGAUAUUAUUUACUUACAGUUAAAUAAAUGUGUAAUCCUAUGCAUGUCUGCUCAGAAGUAAUUUCUGUUGAGUUCAAUGGGACUUAUUUCCAUGUAAUUUUGUACAGAUUUGUAGCUUUUGAUCAUAUAAAAAAUGCCUAUCUAUAUCUCCUAGAUAUGCCACCAUCCAAACACAAGAAGGGAAGUAUCAGUAGGUUUGAAGAAGUACACAAAUUAGUAGUGGGGGUGGGAAGACUAUAGCUCCUAGUUGGAAUAGGGGCAUUCCAUACUUCAACGUUUUGCAGGUCCCAUUUGUUGGAAGUACAUACAAAUAACAGUGGGAUUAAUCAUCUUUUUUUGUAAUCCAAAGGUUCUAUACAUUUUGUUUUUUACAAUUUUUGAAAGUUGUUUUCAUUACUAAAUAGUCUAACCCUCUGAAUCUUAUUUGAAGCCCCAAAGGCAACAUAGAAAUAUUUAAAAUAAGCAAACAAAUAUAAUAGAAGUUUGAACAAAUAAUGGUGUUGGUAGAUAAAUGCAGGCUGGUUAAACUUUUUUGUUUUUAUUUGAAGAAUUGAACUUUAUAUUUGCUUCCCAAAUAACAUGGCUUUAUGUUUUGUUUUUCUCUGUUUGUUUUGACUGUGGUCUUCCUUAUCUAGAUUCCUACAAGCCCUAGCUUUGAGGUAUGUACUUCUUUUAUACUCCUAAUAUGGCUAAAUGGUAAAUGCUUAGCAAUUCAAAUUUUGCAGUGAAUUAAUUUCAUAAUGAAAAUAGCGCUGUGCCACAUUUCUUUCAUUUGGAAAUGUGGUCAUACUUUUCAUGUAUUUUGAUCUUAAAAUGUAUUUUCAACCCCAAAAUGAGAAGUUCAGACGCUCUUUUGUAGUUCAGUCUUGGGUGAUCUCCAACUAACCCGUUCUCAGAGUUGACUCACUGAAAUCAUAGGAACACAAGAAGUCUGACCAUUGGACUAUUCUAGUUCAUUAGCAUCCACACUCACUGGCAAUGGCUCAAGCUUGGCUGUAAAGGAUAAAAUAUUCCUUUGCAGGCACAUCUUGAAUUCAAACCAUACCGGUAAAAGAACUCUGUGGGUUUUGAAGUCACUUCAAUACCCGCUUUCAGCAGAGAUCAGCUAUCUCUCAGGAGUUUAACUGUUCACAAAAGGGCUUGAAGUUACCACUGCUCAGUUGCCUGGGUCCAUAAAAACCCUCAAGCUACAUAGAUAUGUACAUGUGGUUGGUGCUUUUUUUCAAACAGCAGCUCUGAACCAUUUGCCCAACCAUAUGUGAAGCUGGGGCAGGGGCAAGCAAUUACCUCCUUUGCCUGUACAGUGGUACCUCGGGUUAAGUACUUAAUUCAUUCCGGAGGUCCGUUCUUAACCUGAAAUUGUUCUUAACCUGAAGCACCACUUUAGCUAAUGGGGCCUCCUGCUGCCGCUGCACGAUUUCUGUUCUCAUCCUGAAGCAAAGUUCUUAACCCAAAGUACUAUUUCUGGGUUAGUAGAGUCUGUAACCUGAAGCGUAUGUAACCUAAAGCGUAUGUAACCUGAGGUACCACUGUAUAAGUCAUAUGUUCAGUCUAUGACAUCUCCAGUUAGAAAAGACAUUGGAGCGCUCCUGCUAUAUGUUUGUAUGAUGUGUGUGUGUGUGUGUCUGUGUCUGUGGGUUGGCUGUUUUUUAUAAGUAAAACCCACAGAAGGCUGCUUAAAAUAAAAUAAAAAUAAUUUCCAACAAUAAUAAAGUAGUAUACAAUUAAAGGCUCCUGCAAAGCUCACAACUUUAAUGAAACCACUGAUAAUAAAUAACCAAAAACAAAAACAGCAUUUUCAACUAACCCAAGAAGUUCAAUAGUAGCACAGAACAUCGCUCCCAAAUAAGCCAGCAAAAAUAAAUAGGUGAUAGCUUCACGGAGGUCAAGUGGCAGUGAAUUCCUAUGAUGUGGGGCCACCACUGAUAACUCCCUCUUGUGCCUACCAAUUUCACUGGUCUUAGUAGUGGACAAGUGGCUCCGUCGUGAUCUUAUGGUAUGUGUGUAGGCAGUCCUUCAAACAGCUCUGACUCAAGUUUUUAAAGGUAGUAUUUUAAAAAUAUUAAUAUUUUAAUAGACGUCAUAAAAUUUUCUCUCCAGGCAUAUUCCAGGCUUGUAAGUCCUAAAUGAACCAAGUAAAAGUGAGAACAGACAAGCCAUUGUUGCUGUUUAGCAGCUGUCACUCUCUUAUUUCAAUCAAUAUUUCAAUUCAUCCACAAAGACCUUGCUGUUGUCAUGUAGAAGCAGAUGCCAUUGCUUUAGAUGCAUUGUAGCUUCUGUUAGCCUACCCAGAUCUCUUUAGCUACCUUUUUAAUUUUGUUGUUAAAAAAGGACACAAAGCUGAAACCUCUUUUAAAAUUUGAUUUUCUCCUAAAUUGUACCGAAGGCAACGCACCUUGCUUAUUUUUAAUCACGUAAGUACAAUACAGCCUGCCUAAUAAUAUUUUUAUUGCUUGGGUUGAAUCAGCUUUACUGAAACAGCUGGGCAGCUGUCCAAUUAAAUAUCUGCACAUGUGAAACCUUCUUAGGAUUUGCAGAAGGUGCUUGAAAUACAGUGCUGUCCAGUCUAAAAGCAAUAUACUUGUUGAGAAAUAAUUGUACUGAUUUGCUUAGUGCCUGGAGGGGUUGCUGGCUUCUGUAGUUUCCAUAAUGUAAUCUAGUUAAGCAAUUGUUUCCUGGUAAGUGUCCAGGCUUCCUGAGUCAGGAAUCUGGCUGGCUACCCGGGAAAAAAAAAUAUUCACAUCUCUCUUUAACUAACCACCAACACAUUGGAUAAAGAAGUAUGAGUCCAGAGCAGUAGAUCUUACUUUUAGCAGGCAUUUUUACAAUUUGUAUUUUCUGAGAAAAGCCUUAGCUCUUGCCCUACAUUGUUAGAAUCAUAGAACUGUAGAGUUGGAAGGAACCCCAAGGGUCAUCUAGUCCAACCCCCUGCAAAGCAGAAAUGUCAACUAAAGCAUCCAUGACAGAUGAUCAUCCAACCUCUAUUUAAAAACCUCCAAGGAAAGAGAAUCCACAAAACUCCAUCCAGUGACAAAGGUGGUAUUUUGUAGCUGUCACCCAGCUUAAAAAAAGACUUAGCUUAUUGUGUUUCUAACUGAUUUAUUACUUACUGAAUUAAUGCAUAAAUUUGCAUGUGUUAAGUUCUGAAGAGGAAAAAGCAUAUCUCAUUUUAAAGUAUACUGAGUCCAUUCUGGGGAAGAAAUGCAAUGCAAAAAUAGCAACUGUGCACCUAGUCCUUCAGCAAUGCCCAAGACUUUCCCAUGCCCUGACAUUUCUUGGUAACACACUUCCCUGAAGUUUGAUUAUCACAAUGAAAGCUGCCAUGGAAGGCGUGGGAGUGGAGUGGACAAGCCCAUGCAAUGGCUAGAUAGAUAAAGAUAUAGAUAAAACACACAUGCACACAUAUGCACACACACACAGCCAAAUUUGAAUGUACAAGGUAUAUAUUUGUUAAAAACAGUGUCUGCUAUAAUGACUUUUUAAACAUCUGCCUCCAUAUAUGCACAUUCUAGCAAAAAUCACCUCCGGAGUCUUUUGGGAGAGAGAAGAGAUCCAAUUCACAGUCAUACAUUGGGCGACCUAUUCAACUUGACAAGAUUUUGCUUUCCAAGGUUAAAGUGCCUCAUACGUUUGUGAUCCAUUCAUAUACACGGCCAACGGUCUGUCAGUAUUGUAAGAAGCUACUCAAGGGACUUUUUAGACAGGGAUUGCAAUGCAAAGGUAAGUGUAUUUAAGAACUCAGAGGAGCUCUGUCAUAUGCUUCCAAGAAUUUCAGUUAUGUAUUUAUAAAAGUUCAUAUGUGUGUUUUUGUUUUGCUGCUGCUACUUAUGGGGUGGGAUCCAGAGAUAAGUGCACGCUGAAGUUGCCUCUGCCUAAUCUUGAGGGAUCCCCUUUCCCCAUGCUAAGUCAUCACAUGCAACAAGGACCCUGACCUAUGGCAAGGAUGGGAGGCUGCUGAGGGUGGAAGGAAGGAUGAGAAAGUCCAUUUCUGCCAGUUCCCUUCUGUGCUCUUCAGAAGAGCUGUGUGGGACAUGGAAGCAUUAGACCACAACUUCUGGAAACCCUACUGUAUCAAUUAUGACUUUAGAAAUUUCACCAUAUAUUGACCACAGACUCAUCUGACAUUGACUAUAGCCAUAGGAGGUAGAAAACAAGAAUGGCUUUUGUUUUUUUAAUGAAAACAUGAAGUUUUGAGCAUUCAUGCAGAAUGGUGGAUUGCACACAGCUUUGAUAAUACCACUCUCAUCAUUAGUGGGCGUGACCUUUGGCAAUCAAAUCAGCUGCCAAAGUAAGGCUUCGGUUCAUUGACCCUUGAAGAUAAGACAGAAAUAUACAGAAAUAUGCAAGGCUUCCAUAUACCUUCCUGGACCAAAACCUCCUAAGGAAAAGAUGCUCUUCCUGAGAACCUUAUUUACACAACAUUCUGCUUUUUCUGUUUAUAUAUAAUCUGUGAGUAAUGUGAUUCUGCAGGGGUGCAGAAAAAGCACAGUAUGUGGAAUUUGGCAUAGAAUGCAGCUCAAAAUUUCAGCUUUAAGCUGUAAACAAACCCUCCAUAUUUUUUGGCCUUUAUAUCUGCAAAAAUAUGCUUGAAACUGAAUGUGCAAUGCCUAUUGAGAUCUCAGUAGUGGGCAGGCAGCUGCAGGCUCAGUAAUAAAACCAGUGACUACUUGUCCCUUACCAUAGCCAGGUAACCCGGAUAAAGUACAGAAAGCAUCUUCUAAGGACCUCUUUUUUUCCCAAGGCUUUCCUAGACUCCCUAAGAUUGGAUGCUUUUAUAAUAUCUGCUAUUAUGUGGCUUUUGUAAUACUGUUUUGCUGGUAUUUAUGUUGUAUUUCUGUUUUUAUGAUACUCUUUUUUAUUGCUUUUCUUUUGCAUUUUUAGAUACUGCUCAGAGGUAUUUAAAUGUUGAAUCAUGUAGAAAUACUUUCAAUUAAAUGAAUAAAAAGAUGCAGAUCACAGAGUUCAGAUUUUUUGUGCAGAUUUUUUACCCCUCUGGAGGUAUAGAUGACAUUUUUGUUAAAAUAUGGCAUUGUUUUUUUUAAAAAAGUAUUCAAAUAAACAUCCUGAUGACUGUCACCCUCCAACUACUUACCGUAUAUAGAUUUAUGGGAAAGUAUGCUGUAUACUGGGGGAGGGGGGGAGGGGGGAAACCAAUUGUUUUGAUAAUGUCAUGCUUAUUUCCUGUUUCUUGAAAAUUAUUAUUAAUAAUAUUUUAAAAAAAGAAAGGAAGAAAAAUGUCAUUCUGUAUACUGACUCAUGUAAGAUACAAUGUCAAACCACAUUUGGUGUUGCGUGAAUAAGUCCUAUCAUUCAGCCGGGAAAGUUGGGUUUGCAUUUGUCCUGCAACCUAGGAUCAAACCAUGUUUUGCAGUCCUGGUUCACAGGGAAAAUGUAAACCAAACUUUGCAGAAUUGGACGCAACGGAAGGGAAGUGGGGAAUUGCAAGUGCAGGUUUUGUAAGCCUGAGAUUCACCCCACGCUUGUUUACGUCAGCACCAAUGCAGAGUUUGGAAUUACGAUCGAACCAAAAGAGACCAUCUUACAAUGAUCUUUUGUUAUAUGCUGCAAUGUACAAAUCUCGACACCUGUUGAUGUCGCAGUAUCAUUGGCUGAAAUUAUGCAUCUUAUCUUUAAUUAGAUUGCAGGUUCAAUUGUCACAAACGCUGUGCACCCAAAGUGCCAAAUAAUUGCCUUGGGGAAGUGGCCAUUAAUGGAGGUGAGUUGCAUUGAAGGCUGUAGCAAUGCAUGUUCUAAAAGCCUAUUGCAUAGAGUGAAGACACUUAGAAGGAGAUGAGGGGUUAUUUUUAAAGAAAAGUCAAAGGUUGCAUUAUACACUUGUACACUAAAAUAUUAAUUGAGAAUGAGCUGUCAAUAUGAUGCUUUAAAAUGUAACAAAGUGAGCAUAUUUAUUAGACUUCCUGAGUUAUAAAGAAUGGAAAACCAAGGCAGGUUAAGUCUGGAACAUGUGAGUCUUCUACUUUAUCUACGUAUGUAAGUAGUUUCUUCUUUUAUAAAGGCAGAGAAGGAGGGGCAUAUACCUGAAUCUCAUGUCAGACAAUCUAGGAAGAGGAAUACAAUAUUUCUUAUAUAUAAAUGUGUGACUGUGUUCUGGACAACUACAAAGAGGGGAGAAGGGGUGACUCUUCCUACCCCCUCCCCUCUCUUUUCCAGUGUCUGGUAACAUUGCACCAUGACAAAAAAGGUCCCACUGGCCCCUUGAAAAUGUAGUUUUAUACCUAGAGAAAACUUUAGGAAUCCUAAUGCUUGCCUCUUCUUUGAGAUAAGUAUUGCAUGUCCCAUAAAAGCUCAUAUCUGAGGCUCAGAUAAGCAAGUUUCACCAGCAUCUCUAGAUAGGCAUUUUGCUUGCAUACAUUUAGAUUCAUUUAGUGUUCUAUCCCCAGUAGAAGUUCCCCAGAACCGAUUGUGUACUCUUGCUCUGUGUGUAGGCAGUCCUUUCUGUGAAAGCAAGCUCUCAUAUGCCACUGUCAGAAAGAGAACCAUUUCUCCUUGCCUUGGUGGAGGUUGUUAUGCCUGCCAAAUCCUUGUCUUAGGGAAGUGCCUCGCAGGAAACGACAGAAGAGUGUUUGUCACCGAGGAUUGUCAUCCAUCCAAGGAUUACACAAAUGUUUAUUAAAAGUUCAUUACAUAGGUGGGAAGCAAGAUUGGUAGAAUUAUAAAUAAGCAAGGAUCAUUGGGGAAAGACUCAACAAUUUCCUCCUGGCACAAAACGUGUAUCAACAGAUAGAAAUGAAACUAGAGAACUGGCCCCAUUCCACCAGUGUGAUGUUAUUUCUGGAUAAAGCAUAAAAGAAAAUGCACUGGCACACUCAGCUGCAAUGUUCUAGAUUCACUCUUGAUGCUUAGAAAAAUGCUAUUUUUAAGAAAGUUGAGGAGAAUUGUUUGAAGCCCAUAUUCCAGUAUUACAUACUGGAAUUAAUACAGCUUUGCAUUUUCAAAAUUUUCCUCUGUGCUAUUUGCUUUGCUUUGUGGGAAUUUUUCUAAAGCUUUAGCUGUUAGUUAAAAGAAACUUCUCCAUCCUAUUCUGAAUACACUAGACAUUUUUUUAUUUUCAGUAGAUUUCUCAAAGCUAUUUUAGAAUUAAAGUCUUGCUUGUUUGCUGGAUAUGCUCUUUUAGAAGCAGUAUUCAUAUCUACGAGCUUAGUUUCAUGCCAGAGUUAACACUGGAUCUGUUUUUAAGGUUUUCACAAUAACGUGGUCAAAAUAAUUCCAGAUUUGCUUAGCCCGGGUGCUGAGUCUGAUGUGGUCAUGGAAGAGGGAAGUGAUGACAACGACAGUGAAAGAAACAGUGGACUCUUGGAUGAAAUGGAGGAAUCUGUGGGUCAUGAUGCUGAGAUGGCAAUAAUGAACCAGAAUGACAAUGGAGAAAUGCAGGAUGUUGAUCCUGACCAGGAUGAGAGUAAUAGGAUGAUCAGGUGAGUUUUUGCACAGCACAUAGUUGAACUUGUUGCCACUGUUACCUCUGCUAGCUAUAACUGUCAAUAUAUCACCCUAGGAGUAAGGUGAUAGGUUUCACCUCUUUUGAAACUUACCAUGGCACUAAAAAUUUAGUGUCCUUCAAAUAUUAGUGUAUAAGAAUAGAUGUGGAAAAAUGCAGAUCUAAAAGUCCAACCCACACAUUUGCACCCCUGUGUAAUGCCCUUGUUGUGCCAGAAUAAUGCUACAGUUUUUAACCAGAGCCAUGUAUAAAUUUUUAUUGUUUAUUUAGUAUAUUUAUGUCAGCUGAUCUUCCUCCAAAAUCCUUCAGAAUGGCAUACAUGGAGUGUGGGAGGAGCUACCUAGUGCUUCAUUUGCGUGUCAUUUUGGUUGGCCCAGUAAAAGUAUUGCUCUGAUAGGACUUUUUUCUUAUGGAAUUUUUCUUAUGGGCCAACAGUACUAGCCUUACUCUUUGUUUCUCUUGUUCUGUUUGUUCUCCUGGAGACAUAGCCACAGAGAACAACCAAUUAACGUAUCUCACUUUAGAAAGAUUUGUUUUGCAUGUUUAUUAAAAUCUAUUGACUGGUGUGUGGUUUCUUUUAAGCCCUUCGACAAGCAACAAUAUUCCAUUAAUGAGAGUAGUGCAAUCUAUUAAACAUACAAAAAGGAGAAGCAGCACAGUGAUGAAAGAGGGGUGGAUGGUUCACUACACAAGCAAAGACACUCUGGUAAGAAAGAUGUUAAGCAAAAGAAGUCUCUGAACAUCACUGAUAAAUUGUGACUUCCAAAUGAUUUUGGUGGUGCUUCCCUCAUUCUCCUUGACAGUCAAGGAUUACUGCAUGUGUACAAAAUGCCUUGGGGCCCUCCAAAGACAGACCAAGGCCACAGAACAAAAUCUUGAGCAGAGGUAUGCCUGAGCAACUUUAUUUAAGAGCAAAAGAGUCUUUUAAAGAAAGAAAGUCCGUCAUGUAUUCUUGCUGUUUCAGACUGCAGAGUGGAAACUUUGAAUGUGAACAGUUUGAUGUAUGUUUUAAGGAAGAUUUGCUACCUUUGUCAGGGCUGGAUUAGACUUCAAAACAAACAGAAGGGUCAGAUUUAUCCCUGGCAUGCUGUAGAAUGUGAAGCACUUUGAAGGAAACCAAAUCAAGAUGUGGAAAACAGCUUUCAUCUGACUAUCUUUUUUUGUUGUUGUUGUUAGAUAAAAAGGAAACCCAUAGCUUUCAUAGGGCACAUUUAGAAUUAUAGCCCUGCAGAAUGCAAUGCAGUGGUGCAAUGCUGUAACAUGAGGCACUUUGAGAUAAGACUUUGGAGGAAUGAUAUUGGCCAGUUUCCUUCAUAUCUGUUGGACUUGGAGAGUCAGUCCAGUUUUGUGUUAUACCUUGGACAAAGCAACUAUUUUUGUACGUUAAAAUACCUUGGAUUAUGUUGCUCAUGGAAACAGUCUUAAAAGCAUAUUUUUCAGAACUAUGGUCUAUUCCCUAAUUACAUGGGAAACUGCCUUAUAAUACAGAUUUACACAACUGGUCCAUCUGGCUCAGUAUUGUCCUGACCGUCAGCUAUGCUCCUUGGCUUAUUGCCAUUACAUUAUUGCCUCAGUUUAUGCUGGCACAGGAAGAAGACACAUCAUGGCAGCAAACACUGGCCAUAUCUUCCAAGGCCCUGGGGCUGCAUGAGAGGGACACAGACAAGAGUGGUGCCUUUACAACUCAAGUAAGGUCAGAUGGAGCCCUAAGGUGCUGUCACAGUGCAGGCCAGCUAUUAUGCAUGAAGGAGGAAGGAGCAUUUAGACUCCAACAAAGUCCUUUUUUCCCUCUUGAUCAUUCUAUCUAACCUGUGGUGCACAGGCUGAUCACCUUUUUAGCAAAAUGGGUAUAAAUGAAAGGAAGACCUAUACUGAAUAGGCUUGCAGGAUCUCACUAUUCUAUUCUCAGUCAGCUUUGUAAGUAUACCAGUGUACAACAGAAGGAGAGAGAUUCACACAAAUUAUCCGGCUUCCAAUUAAACACAAACUUCCAAUUAUGUUUUCUUACCCACAACUUAACUUUAACUCUAGUUGAAACGUAAUUGCCCAUUUUUUACAACUACAACAUAGCAUGGGACGCGGGUGGCACUGUGGUCUAAACCACUGAGCCUAGGGCUUGCCGAUUGGAAGGUCAGUGGUUCGAAUCCCCACGACAGGGUGAGCUCCCGUUGCUCGAUCCCUGCUCCUGCCAACCUAGCAGUUUGAAAGCACGUCAAAGUGCAAGUAGAUAAAUAGGUACCGCUCCGGCUGGAAGAUAAACGGCAUUUCCGUGCGCUGCUUUGGUUUUGCUGGAAGCAACUUAGUCAUGCUGGCCACAUGACCUGGAAAAACUGCGGACAAACAUCGACUCCCUCGGCCAGUAAAGCGAGAUGAGCGCCGCAACCCCAGAGUCGUCUGCGACUGGACUUAACUGUCUGGGGUCCUUUACCUUUUACAACAUAGCACAACUUCCAUUACUGCCUGGUAAAGACAUAUCUAGGUGAUCUUAACGAUCACUCAGGGUAAUACCUGUUAGAUUCAGUCUGUACAUGGUCAAUUAAUGUAGAAUGCUAACUGUUGCUGUAGUAACAUUCUGAAACUCUUGUGACAGCACGCUGUAUGUAGAUAUUUCUGGGGGAAGCCAAGUAUACAUCUCUGAUGAAACUUAUGUAGAAGAAAAUGCAGUCUUCAGGGAACAACAAGGGGGAAAAAAGGUUUUUUAAAAUACCUAUUACUUUUGCAUAAGUUUAAAACAAUACCAUUGAGUAUUUCUCUGUAUUGAAAAUGAAAUUGGUGUCUCUUUGUCAUCCUUCACAAUCUUCAAGUUGCAUUAUCUCAUUUAAUUUUAUUUCAUUGUUUCUUCAAGUUCUCUUAAAUUAUUUUUGAUUGUUUUUAUGUCAACACAGAGGAAACGUCACUACUGGAGAUUAGACAGCAAAUGUAUUACACUGUUUCAAAAUGACACUGAAAGCAAAUACUACAAGGUAAAAUUGGGUUCUGGUUUUAUAUAGUGUAUUCCAGAAUGCAGCUAUAAUUAAAGUUUAUGUUGUGUUUGUUAAUAUUUCAAAGAGAUGGAUGAGCACCAUACACCCACCCACACAUGCACAUCUGAUUGAAUUGGAAAUCAGCUGAAUAGUUUCCCAAAGAUACAGACAUACCGGGACAUAGCUUGACUUGUGCCUAAACCAAUCCAAAUUCACCAGUGCCACCAUGAACCAACAGCUGAUGGUGGUGGAGGAGAAGUGUGUACAGAGACACCAGAGAAAGAUCUGUGGCUGGUGUCCUUUUUCCAUUCUUGGGACUCCCUGGGAAACUUACCAAACCUGCUGUUCCUGGAAAAAUGCAGCUGAUUUCUGAAUAAGACACAGCCCUGAGCAGCCUGAGGAAACUGCAUCCAUCUUGAGCCUGCUCCUAAAAAAGAAGCCUAGAGUGAGAGACUAGAUUGAUGUCAGCAGUUUCCAGCAGCCCUCCUCUUUGUCAGAUUUUGGGUGGGUGAGCUGUGAGUUUAUUUGGGCCCAAGGAGGAUGGGUUGCAUCCUGGGGGAGAGCCAGGAGGCUGAGAGGGGAGGCAUGUUGAUAUCAGUUUGUAUUUAUUAUAGUUUUCUAUUUAUGUAACAUUUUUAUAUGUAGUGGUGUAUUUUUGUAAUAUUUUAGUUGCCUCUUGCUUUAUUUUCUUGAACACUGCUUAGGGUAUAUAUGUGUGUGUGCUUGUUUGUGUGUGCUUGUGUAUGUGUGUAGAUAGAGCCAUAUAGAAAUGAUCUAAAUAAACCACUAACCUCUCCCAGCCAGCCAGCCACUUUUCAUCCUAACAGCACAUCACAUGCACACACACAGACACACACUCACUUUAUUUAAAGCUCAUUUCCCUGGCUGGUGAAAAGAGCUAUACAGUGGUACCUCUGGUUAAGAUUCAUUCUGGAGGUCCAUUCUUCACCUGAAACUGUUCUUAACCUGAGGUACCCCUUUAGCUAAUGGGGCCUCCUGCUGCCACUAUGCUGCCACCACGCGAUUUCUGUUCUCAUCCUGAAGCAAAGUUCUUAACAUGAGGUACUAUUUCUGGGUUAACGGAGUCUGUAACCUGAAGCGUCUGUAACCUGAGGUACCACUGUAGAAAGAGAGAAGAGAGGCUACAGGACUGAAAACCAUGGAUGGGGGCUCACAGCCCACUAAGCUUCUCCUAUGGGUUCUCAAUUAGAGUGGACUUUUGUCCUCACCCCAUUCCCCUUAGCAGGUUGGGGAGUUACAGCCUUUCAGAGGGGAAUUAUUUUCCAGAAUGGAUUUUAAAGCUUUUUCUUUUCUUUCAACGAGCAUUAUGUGAUCCCCAAAGUUGAUAUUCAGGCCCGACCCAGAGAAAUUUCUUAGGCAUCUCAAAUACUUAGCUACAUUGUUAAGCUAAUAGUUAUUAUUUAACUGUGCAUCAUAGUACAGUCAUACCUCGGGUUGAAGUAGCUUCAGGUUGAGCGUUUUCAGGUUACGCUCUGCAGCGACCCGGAAGUAACGGAACGUGUUACUUACAGGUUUCGCCACUCGCACAUGCGCAUACGCUCAAAAUGACGUCACACGCAUGUGCGGAAGCGGCGAAUCGCGACCUGCAGACCCAGGUUGCAUUCGCUUCAGGAUGCGCACGGGGCUCCGGAACGGAUCCCGUUUGCAUCCAGAGGUACCAGUGUAAUGUCAAAAUGGACUUCCCUGAGUGCAGCUGUUCCAGGCUCUAAGCCUAAACCACCUCUGAUUUAUUUCAUUGGUGUUUAUUAAGGGAAAUUACAAAAGAGACUCCUUAGCUUCUCUAUUCAGCUGUUAUCCCAGCAGCCAGGAAAUCCAUUCUAACAUUUGUGCCAGGAAUCUGAUCAAUGCCUAAGUACUAGCAGGAUCCACAGGAUUUGUGAGGUUUGUGAAAGUGGUAGGAAGAAAAGUGAAGAUGGGACAGGACCGCUGUUACUUGCAAACUAAAAAUACUGACAAAGUUCACCCACACCAGGCUCAAAUACAAAAAUUAUGGGUUUUAAAACCUGCAGAUUCUUGUAUGUCUUGGAUCAGAUUCCAAUCCUGCCUUGGACCAUGUUCUGAAAAUGUUGCAGUUUUGCCCACAAAAUCACUCCUUGCCACCUCUACCUCCUGAAACACCUUUCCCUUCUUUUUCCUGUCAAGCAGCCCUGGGGUCAGCAGAUUUCCUCCUUUCACUUUCUCCUUCUCUGUCAACAUAUUGUAAUUGUCAGCCCAGGGAACCAUCAGAAAAGCAUGAAUCCCAAAAGCUGGCGAUGAGUCUCAGAAACUGUAAUCAAGUAUGUGUUUGAAGUAGUCUUUGUUCAUGAGAAAGUGUUUUCAAAAUUAAUCGCCAUUAUCAUUUGUCACAGGAAAUUCCAUUGUCUGAGAUUUUAUCUCUGGAACCUGCAAAAAACUUCAGUUUAAUGCCACAGGAAGCUAACCCCCAUUGCUUUGAAAUAACCACAGCAAAUGUAGUAUACUACGUCGGGGAAAAUGUGGAAAACCUGCCAAGCCCUCCAGCUAAUAACAAUGUUCUCACAAGCGGUUGUGGCCUAGAUGUUGCAAGGAUGUGGGAGAUGGCAAUCCAGCAUGCCCUCAUGCCUGUUAUUCCCAAAGGGGCAUCCACUGGUUCAGGACCAAGUCUACACCGUAAGCUAAUUAAUUUUCUACUUUAAAAUAAGCCACUGGAUGAAACCAUGUGGACUAGACCCUCUUUGCUGGCAGUAUAAUUAUGUUGUGCAAUUUUACUCGGACACUGUGGUGUAUACAUUAUUCUAAGGUAAGCAGCUAGGGACAUCAGCCUUUCACUUAUGCUGUUAUUAUCCAGCAUGUGGUUUCCAAGGAGGUUUAACACGUACUCUGAUGUCUGGAUAUCAUGAUGGUUAUACAGAUUAAUUUCGCACAAGAUCAGUGUAGGGCUGAAUCCCAUCCCUCAGUCCCCAGACCUUGAGAGUCAGUGUGGUGUAGUGGUUAAGAGCAGUAGUCUCGUAAUCUGGGGAACCGGGUGCGUGUCUCCACUCCUCCACAUGCAGCUGCUGGGUGACCUUGAGCUAGUCACACUUCUCUGAAGUCUCUCAGCCUCACUCACCUCACAGAGUGUUCGUUGAGGGGGAGGAAGGGAAAGGAGAAUAUUAGCCGCUUUGAGACUCCUUAAAGGGAGUGAAAGGCGGGAUAUCAAAUCCAAACUCUUCUUUGCAGGAACUGUGAAAGGCUAUUGACAUAUUGCUGUGGAAUCACAGAUCAGGCAGUAUUACUUCAGAACCAAAAAUAUUUCCUAAUGGAUGGUGUGGUUAGGUUCGGGAAUGUUAUACCUCUGCUAUAUAACAGCAUCAAUUUAAUAAUAACUGUAUGUCACAUACAUCAUUAUCCAGACGGGGAGGCUCAUUCUAGAAGAAAAGGUACCUUCCUCCAACACACCUCAUCCCUGAGCCCACCACUGCCAUAAUACUGUGAGGGUCAUGGUAUUAUGGCAGUGGGGCUUUCCUCUACCACGCUCAAGUGGUGGGUUCAUAUCAUUCUGUGCGUUCACAGCAGAAGUAAUUUCCAUACAUUUUCUUUCUAGGAAAUAUUUCCAUCAGUAUCUCGGUGUCAAAUUGCCAGGUCCAAGAAAAUGUGGUAAGUUUUCUCAGCGUUUGUGACAGAUGUGAUAGAACUCAGCUUGCAAAGUCAUCGAUCUGUUUGGAAAACUUUGAGACGAUGUGUAAUUGGGCAUUUUCUUUAGAGAAGGACAAAAAAGUAGCCAUUGAAGAAAUGAUUUUUACACCAGCUUUGAUUUUUGGUUUCCAGUUUUUUGAAAAAGGCCAAAAUCUUGGGGGUCGAUUGAUAUUCCUCUUUUGUAGCACCACAGUAAAAUUGCACCAAUGUGUAAUCUGAGAUUAGAACCAUAUGAAACGGUUGUAUUAUAUUUUUCACUGAAUUCCGGUUGCACAAUCACAAGUGGGGAGAGUGCUGUUGUGUUUCACUCCUGUUUCGGGCUUCUGGUUGGCCUCUGUGAGAACAAGAUGCUCAACUAGAUUGGCCUGAUCCAGUGGGCUCUUAUGUUAACCACACAAGUCCAUUUACUUGGACUUAAGAUGAAAUCCCACCUUCCUUUUUGGAAUUCAUUUGAUUCAGGGAACCUUCCAAAUAACCUAGGGCCUACACUACACUCCAUCCUUGGAGAGUUGCUUCUCCCCACCUCACAGACUCAUAAACCCAAAGUUUCUUCAGAGUGGGGAAGGAAGUAUGCAGAGUUCUUAAAUGCUACUGAACAUGUCAUGGGUAUUUGGUAGCCGCUUCACUUCUGUCGAUGCCUAGUAACUUUGAAUGUACUGCGCAUCUGCACAAACAUUCAGGGUCCAUUUAUACACUUCAGGAAGGACCAAAGUCAUUGCACAUAAUUCCAAAAUGAAGCCAGACUCCAGAUAGGUUCUGAUGCGUUGCCUUGCCAGAACACGACUUCUGCCACCGAACUGCAUUUUGAAUGGAAUUCAGCAGCAUUUCUGUCCAAUCGUUUUCUGAAUUGACUUUAUUUCCAUACUCAUCAUGUUUAACAUGCAACAUCUUUGUACUAACAGGAUAUCAGUACAGUAUACCAAAUCUUUCCAGAUGAGGUGCUGGGAUCAGGACAGUUUGGAAUUGUUUAUGGAGGUAAGACUGGCGUCCCACUGUCAUACUCAGAGAAGAUUGUCUGAAAUCAUUGGACAAAGUAGGCUCCAAUCCUAAUCCCACUAACCUGGGAGUAAGACCCAUGGAAUAUGGUUAGGAUGACUACUCAGGUGUGUCUGAAAUUCUACACAAGCUCUACAACUUCAUUAAAGUUUUCCAGAUCAUUGCAAUUAAAAUGGUGCCCGCCCUGUGGAACGCCCUCCCUUCAGAUGUGAAGGAAAUAAGCAACUAUCUUCUCUUUAAAAGACAUCUGAAGGCAGCCCUGUUUAGGGAAGUUUUUAAUAUUUAAUGCUGUAUUGUUUUUAACACUUGAUUGGAAGCCGCCCAGAGUGGCUGGGGAAACUCAGCCAGAUGGGCAGGGUAUAAAUAAAUUAUUAUUAUUAUUAUUAUUAUUAUUAUUAUUAUUAUUAUUAUUAUCAGCUUUGCAAGAGGUUGACCAAGGUGGUGGCAAGAGGGCUGCAGAGCCAAUCUGGCACUCCUGCCAAUGCAUUGCCCAUGUAAACAGCAGGGCCACGGCUAAGUUCUUCAGUGAGGAACUGGCAACAAGUCUCUGCCAGUUUCAAUUCGGUUGCUCAUAUGCGUGAACGUCCCCAGUCCUAUUCUCUUGUUUAGAAGCCAUUGUAGGUCAGCUCCCACUGGUUAGGAUAGUAGUAGCAGCACUGAUGGAAAAGUAAUUUUUAACACACUGAUAAAAUUCCUCAACCUCUGAAAGAAGCAAAUACAGCUACAACACAAUAUUGGUGAAUUAUAUAUAUGUGUGUGUAAUUGUAACAUACAUUUUAAUACAAAAUAUGUAUAAUAUAUAAAUAAUAAAAUAAUAUUAAUUCACCAUAUAAUUACAAGUACUUGGCAAUCAUUUUUAAUGAUUUUAUGCAAUUUUAUACACAUUUUUCACAUUUAUUAAAAAAAGAAGACAAGUUUAAAAUUAUUGGAAAUUCCACAUCAACGUAAAAAGUGAAUAUUUUAUGUCAUCAUUUGCCAUGUAAAACUAAAUUAUAUUAAUUUAACCAGAAUAUAUUUUGAGUUCCCAAGUCAUGUCAGCACCCCUCAUUUUGGGAAUUUGAAAGUUGGAAAAUUAAAACACACUAUGUACACAGAUGGAUUUCUGGGAAAGGUGUCCUGUAUUCUUCCAGACCAGGGGCCAGCAAACUUUUUCAGCAGGGGGCCGGUCCAAUAUCGCUCAGAUCUUGUGGGGGGCCAGACUAUAUUUUUUGGAGGGGAAAUGAACGAAUUCCUAUGCCCCACAAAUAACCAAGUGGUGCAUUUUAAAUAAAAUGACACAUUCUAUUCAUGUAAAAACACCAGACAGGCCCCACAAAUAACCCAGAGAUGCAUUUUAAAUAAAAGGACACAUUCUACUCAUGUAAAAACACGCUGAUUCCUGGAUCGUCCGCGGGCCGGAUUGAGAAGGUGAUUGCGUCAGAUCUGGCCACCGGGCCUUAGGUUGCCUACCCAUGUUCCAGACCUUUCCCUCCUAUGACAUGAUGGGAGUCCUGUGGACACAGGGUUCUUUGUACUAUAAACAAUGCCUAUUUAUUUAGUGGUGCUGGAUUACAUACCAAAUUUAUGGGCCAAACUAGAUGUGAAUGUCACACAACCUUGCACAUUCCUUUUUAUUAAAAGCAGGACUGAGGAUCCAUACUAAUGCAGAAGACUAGGGUGGGGUAGGGGAGGGAUAAUGGGCUUUUCACCCUUUCCGCUUGCACAUUUUUCUUCUUCUAAAAUUGACCUCCCUGAUUUUUACCUAUAAGAGGAAAUAUACUGGUCCUUUUUUGCCUCGAAAUCUGUCUUAACAAUUUCAUGAAAUUAAAGAAAGACGUCUGAAUGGUUUAGAGCAUUCUUGUCUCAGAGGAUACCUUGACAGUUAGGUUUUGUAUAAAACACACAAAAAAUACUUGAGUUCUGGAAAGGUGACGCUUCUCAGAGCUGAUCAUGUUAAUUGGCAUAUUUUUCAUCAAACAGGAAAACAUCGCAAAACAGGAAGAGAUGUAGCAAUUAAAAUCAUUGACAAACUGAGAUUUCCAACUAAGCAAGAAAGCCAACUUCGUAAUGAGGUUGCAAUUUUACAGGUAUCUUUUAUUUAAUUACCAAUUAUAUCCUGUAUGUAUUUAAUUUAGAGCAGGGCAAUAAAACUCUUUGAGAACAGGUUUCGGCAGUAGGAAUCUAUAUACCUCAUUAAGCAUUGGAACUACAGAUAAAGUUUUCAAGUGAUGUCUCUUUCUGAAAUAAUGUGUAAUCUGCAUUAAAUAUAGGAACUUUGCACCAAAAAUUUCAGCAGUUUGCUAAUCUGCAUAGUCAGAAUUAAAUUUGCUUUUGAGAUAAUCUAGCACAAUUACCCAGUGGCUGUUACCAGAUCCUGUUGUCUGUCUCUGCACAUGUGGUAACAAAAAUAAAGCAUUGUCAGCCCAAUUUCUUCUGCUAUGAGUUGAAUUAGGGCUGCAUUCCUAAGUUUUGCUUCAUAUACCGUAAGCCUACAAUUUACGCACAUUUAACUUGUGUGCAUUCAGGGUUACACACGUGGCAAAAAUCUUUUUAGAAAUUGAAAUUGGGUGGAAAGUGGGUGAGAUUCUGGGGGAAAUGACUUUGGCAUCCCACCCACCAUUGAACCCAUUGUAUUUUGACUAUACACGAUUUUACCUUUAGGCUCUUUCCCUGGAACAUAACCCCCACAUAAGUUGCGGACUUACUGUAUACUAUAGGGAACUCAUUCUCUGAGCGCCAAUCCAUAUAUAACACGAGGGGGGGAUAUCAGCAGGUUGCUUCCAAACAAAAACCUAAUGGAGAAACCUCCCAAAAUCACUUAACAAGGACUGAGCACACUUGGUGGGCAUGGACUGUUGAUGAUUCAAAGUUGAUGCAAGGUUGCUAUGCAAGGUAUGGGAUUGCUUUUAAGAUCCAAGAGCAGAAAACUGGAAGCAACCUGAGGAUAACAUGGCUCCAUUCUGAUACUCUGAAAGAAAUCAAUUUGAACAAGGUCUCAUUUCCAUAUAGAAGUUUAAAACGUUAUCAAUGACAAAGCAUAUUUUUGACAGUUUCUAAGCACAUUUUGGGCUGUCCUGUUAAGCUUUGCAUAGCAAAUCAUUGGUGGCAUAAUUCUGGCUGUUUAUACUUUUAUGCUGGUGCCAAAGGGCUUGAAAAACGAAUGGGUAUGUCAUUACCUAAUGUUUCCUGAGCCUUGUCAUUGGACCUAAACAAAUCGGGCUCAUUCAAAUAGUGUUUUUCUUUGAUCAUAGAAUCUGCAUCACCUGGGGGUUGUCAAUUUGGAAUGCAUGUUCGAGACACCAGAAAGAGUGUUUGUUGUUAUGGAGAAGCUCCAUGGAGACAUGCUGGAGAUGAUCUUGUCAAGUGAAAAAGGGAGGUUGCCAGAGCGAAUCACCAAGUUUUUAAUUACGCAGGUAAGAGUCCAUUAAGCAGUGUCAAAUGUUUUCUUUUUCUAUGAUAUUCACGUCAUAGCUCAGACCCUUCUGGGGCCUUCCAACACUACAGAUCUAUGAUUUUAUACCCUUGAAAUGGAUAGCAGGUCACAAUGUGGGUGAAGGUUUAAAGAGUGAGAGCUGUCCAGAGUGGGUAAAGUCUAAUUAGGGUAACUUCCUUUUGCAUUGCUAGUAUGGCUUUAUCAAGUUAACUGGGUGCUGUGCCUUUCUCUGUAUCUUCUCUCUGAUAAAGACUAGCUGUCACGUGCUUGACUGUAUUGUUCUGAGCUUAAUGUACGAUGGUAACUACAAAUCAUGACCUACAGUGCAUCUCUCAGGUGUGGUACUUGGAAGUCUACGCCAAAUCCUUCUUGCAUGUUGGGGCUAGCAUGUAGCCUGCAUGUCUCUGAUGGACCCAUCUCCUCUCCAUCUCUGACACAGGCAGGGGUGCUUAACCAAGUUAGCCAGCAAAGCAUCUGGGAGACCAUUCCUAUGGGUUCAAAGAAGCUGUGCUAGUGCUCAGAACUUGGGUGCCCAAUAAGUGCCAGAUAUGACUGAUGGCUACAUUGCCUCAGUUUGUUCUUUAUAAUCCAUAAAUAUUCUCACCUGGUUUGCAGCUAUAUGCAAGCUAAUAUGGUUUGGUGUGCAAUACAUAUAUAUAUAUAUAUAUAUGGAAUUCAGCCCCUAGUUCUGAUUUAGAUAGUGGCAAAGACCUCUUAGAAUUAAGCUUAUAGCUCACAUAGGCAGCAUUCUCUCCUCCCCCAACCACGGGAUGACUCUGAGGGGUUGUGAAUUUUUUUCCCACUCCCCCAUUUUCCAUUGAACCUUUGCUCCCAUUAUAAUAGAUAGUAGGGUAAAGGUAAAGGGACCCCUGACCAUUAGGUCCAGUCAUGACCGACUCUGGGGUUGCGGCGCUCAUCUCGCUUUAUUGGCCAAGGGAGCCGGCGUACAGCUUCCGGGUCAUGUGGCCAGCAUGACUAAGCCGCUUCUGGCAAACCAGAGCAGCGCACAGAAAUGCCGUUUACAUUCCCGCCGGAGCGAUACCUAUUUAUCUACUUGCACUUUUUGGGGUGCUUUCGAACUGCUAGGUUGGCAGGAGCAGGGACCGAGCAACGGGAGCUCACCCCGUCGCAGGGAUUCGAACUGCUGACCUUCUGAUCGGCAAGCCCUAGGCUCUGUGGUUUAACCCACAGCGCCACCCGCGUCCCUAUAAUAGAUAGUACCAGCCUUUAAAUUAAGUUGUCUGUACCCCAACUGCUGAUCACUAAAGCUGGAGUACUUCCCCUAACGAAUAAGAGCACAGCUGUACGCGCUGCUAAAAGAAUGCUUUGUAAUAAUAGUAGGAAGUAUUGCUACUUGAGGAUGCCUUUAAAAUUAAGUCCCUUGUGCUUUAUAUUCCUGUUUGUUUACACAGCUUGGAAUAAGAGCAUAAAAUCGCAUGAAUUAAGCUGUUGUGCUUGAGCUUGCUUGCGCUUGCUACUUUUCAUCUCGUCUCUGGGAAAAACAUUGAAACAGAAGUAAAUAUUGAGCAAACUAUGUUACAACAGGGCUGGUUUGUUUCUUUAUAGAUCCUGGUUGCUUUGAGACAUCUUCAUUUUAAAAACAUUGUUCAUUGUGAUCUCAAACCUGAAAAUGUAUUGCUGGCAUCUGCUGAUCCUUUCCCACAGGCAAGUAGAAAUAAAUUCACAUUGUACAGGUAACAUACAGUUCCUUUAGAUAAAGCCAAAUGAUUGUUGAAUGCCACACCAUGGUAAGAGACUCCAGGGGUCCAGCUAUUUACCUGGGGUUUGGUUCCCUUGGAAUGAGGGACAGCAGAGACAGUCGUGUCUUUAGGAAAUAUGGUUUAUUUACACAUGUGUACAAGCUGAGCCUACAAUGGAGGGACUCACAGCGUUAACACCCCAAAAGAAUCUUGCUUCUCCCACAGCCAUAGCCUUGGAUUCCAGCCAAAAGCAGGCAUGGCUCUGUCUCUCAGCUGCCCAUCCGGCUCUAGCUUCUAGCUCACACCCCUCAACUCUGGAUUUUUCUUUCUAAUUAUCAGACAGUUGAGGGAGGGGGGCCACCCAUUGUUGUCUGGCACAGAGCCAUUUCCUUUGUUACCUUAGCAACCCAUGCUUAGGGACCAUUUCCAAGAAACUCGUCUGGCUAUUGCAGCAGUUGGAUCCUUGUUGGAACCAAGAAAGGGACUCGGGCAAUACAGCCUACCUACCCCCUCAAACUCACAACAUUCUUAUUACUAUGAGAUUUGUGCUUUGUUCUUUUUCGGUUUGAUAAAUAGUUGAAAUGGCUUGAUUUAGUCAAGCACUCACCUAAUGCCUAACAAGUCCCUUUUACCUCUGCAUAUGCAAAUUAAUGAAUCCACCCUGCAGUCUUAGCUGUCUAUACACAGACCAGACCACAUGAAGAUACCACUUGCUUCCACUUGGUACACUGGUACACAAAUCUGCUGUAGUCAAGAGGAAAGUAGGAAACAGGUGUGUCCUUAUUUUCAGCAGCCUCCCUAAGUCUCUAAUCUCUCCCAAUUGGUUGUUUUUUAAAAUGUGAAAAGAGUAGCAGAGAUAUCUCCCCCACCCCUCUCUCACACACACUAUAUCUGCAAGUGCCAAGAAGUUUUUGGGUGCACCCAGAUGUGCGUAAUUUCAACAAUGAACCUGCUGUGGAAGUGCAUUUGCCCAAAUAAGAUAAAAUAAGUUCUUACUGUGUAUAGCCAAACCCUGCUAUCACAGUUGCAAAUGGCUGGCUUCCUUUGACAUAAUGAUGUGUUCACUUCCUUCUCCCUCUCUGGAGCAGUUUUUCAAGUUGGGGGAAAAAAAUAAAAUUGAAGGCCGUUUUUGUUUUUAAAGUCAAGGAACAAACAUACAAGUAAUCGGAGGUAUUAUCCUGUGCUUUCUAACACUGUACAAGACAGGCAGUUUGCAUGAAGCACAGAGGAAGGGGGAAGACAAUCAACUGCACAUCGUUGCAUCUGUCAUUGAUAUUUCAAAUGCAGCAGGAAGCUGGGCUCAUCUUGCUGGGGAAACAUGAUAUAACUCUUGGGUUUGUGGACAUUUAGUACACCUACGUGAAUCUCCAUUUACUAGGGGUGUGCAGUGGGUUUGUGUCAGAGCCAGAUAACAAAGCUAAUGAGGGUGAUUUUGAGGUCUCUCCCCCUCUACCAGUUUGAAAGAUGGUGUCAGUAACACUGCCACUGUGUGAUAUAAGGGCUCUCACGAAGCCCUGUGUUCCUCUGUCACUCUGUUUCUGUACUUCACUAUAUCUUGUUCCUUUAUGUUUUCCUGUAAGUUUCUCUUGGUCUAUGUGCUUUGCAAGUAUUGAGGCUGUCCAAAGUAUUGCCUGUGGAUCACUGAAGAGCUCAAAGUUGUUUUUUCUUAAAGUACAGCAGUGGGGGGAUUUAUUUAUUUUUAAGUUAAAAGCUUCAUCCUCUAAUUGUUUAAAGUAAGUAAGAAAGAGAAAGCCUCUCAAAAAUGUGAAACUACUAUGAAUUAUGGAGGAAAGUCAAUCCCUUUCAUUUCCCCCCAUAAAAAGCCCCUGAACCUAUUUGUCUACAUUUUGGGGGGUGUUCCCGUGCUUGUAAAUGUAAUCCAGUUGGCUCAAAGUGGUGAAAAGUUAUAGCUGCUUUUAGUUUUGGAAUGAAGAACGCAGCUUCAGUUUACACAAAGCGACACAGAACCCAAAACGUAAACUGAAACUGAAGGAGCACAGGGCGGCUUAGAAAGAGAUUGGAUUUUUAUUUUUAUUUUUUUUAAAUGCAGUUACAAGGUGAAUGUUGAGGCCCAUACAUUGGCUAACACGCUUCCCUUACCCCCUUCUCUAUUGUAUCCCCAAACUGUAGGGACUGGUUCUGUCCUUUUUGAAUACACUGCAAGGCACUAUGGACUACGUAUGGUUUUACUUUAUAUAACGAUAGGCCUUUUGGAAAGACUGUUGUCUGCUUGAAACAUUCUUUGCUCAGUUAUGUGGGGGAGAAACAGCUUUAGCACAUGGUAAAUUGACUUAUAGAUAGCACUUAUAGAUAGCACCAUGUUGACUUGCACAUUGUUUCUUUGAAAACAUUGGAAUAAAACAAAAAAAUACAAAUUUAUUAUAAUGGCUUUAUACCAAACAGGUGAAACUUUGCGACUUUGGUUUUGCACGGAUCAUUGGAGAGAAAUCAUUCAGACGUUCAGUUGUGGGUACGCCAGCCUAUCUCGCUCCUGAAGUCCUGAGAAACAAAGGGUACAAUAGAUCAUUAGAUAUGUGGUCUGUGGGGGUUAUUAUCUAUGUCAGCCUUAGUGGCACGUUUCCAUUCAAUGAAGAUGAGGACAUUCAUGAUCAAAUCCAGAAUGCUGCUUUUAUGUACCCACCGAACCCCUGGAAGGAAAUCUCACAUGAAGGUAUUUUUUUUUUUUAAUUCUAGUACAUACAUAUUUGAGAAGAAUCAAAAUAUUUACUUAUUUUUUAUAGAAAAUAUAGAUUUCAUCUUUUCACACUAGCUUCCCAAAGCAGCUAACCACCAUUUUAAAAAUGAUCAGAAAUACAAUAAAAAUAUUCAAUUAAUUCCUCCUCAAGGUAGACCAGUUGAAAGAAAAGAACCUUAGUGAAUCAUGUCCAUUAACUUCAAGGGGUCGGGUCUGAGUAAGACAUUCUGAAUAUGACUAAAACUGAAUACCACCCAAUAAAAUCACUUUCUAAAACUCAUUUGCUCAUUUCUUUACUGUGUCUAUAUAGAUGCUCAAUAACAGGAGUUCUCUGGGUAGCUCUUAAAGCAAUCAAUCAAUCAAUCAAUCAAUCAAUACCAAUAAAAUACAUUGUGAAACAAGAAAAACCAUGAAAAUUAGAAAAGUGAAACCAAAAAUUAAUCUGAGAGGCCCAAACCGUUAAACAUAGAUUGUUUAAAAGGUCUGAGUGAAAAGGUGAAGGAACUUGCUCGACUGUUUCAUAAUCAGGGUCCAGUUACUUAAAUGGCCCUGUCCCUUACCCACCUUACUUUAUAUAUGAUCGAGCACUUAGAGAAGGGCCUCUGAGAAAUAUUGUAAGGGUCAAGUAUGUACAAUUGCAAAAGUGUGUGUGUGUGUGUGUGUGUGUGUAUGCGUGUGCGCGUGUAUUUACACCCAGCCGGGUGUAAGCUAAAAGCUAGAGAAUAUUGCAGCAGAGGAACAAAACAGAAGGGAAGGUCUCUGCAGUUUGACUCAGCCUCUCUGAGAAGAGAGUUCCUGAGCAUGAAUGCAGCCGCUAAAAAGAACGCUCCCAUGUCCCUUCCAGUCAUAUUAUAUUGGCAAGGAGAACCUCUCCUAGAGAUCUUAAUACACAGACAGGUUCAUAAUGGAUAAGACAGUCUUUCAGGUAACCAGGUCCAAAGUUAUCUAGGGCUUUUGAAGUAAUAAUGCAUUAUUCUUGGAGAGAAAGCUUUCGAAAAUUGGAAUGGAGAUCUAUUCACUUUAUUGCUGCCUUGCAUUUCCUCGCAAUAUCUUCAGUUUCAUCUCUCCAAAUGCAUGGUAAUAUUAUUUGUUAUAAGGCAGAGAACAAAAUGUAUGAUUGCUAGGCUACACUGACUAAUGUUUUAACUCAGUACAAAUCUGUUUACUAUUUUCAGUGAUGGACGCUUGAUUAGCAAGUUUGGGUGUUGUGAACAUUAUAGUUGUGUGAGGUAGUAACUUGGGAAAAAGUUGUUUUCAUUUAUUUAUUUAAAAAAUCAAGCUAAAUCAACCUGCAUGGCUGUCAUAAACAGAUUUAUUAGUUCUGUCUCGCAAUUUAUUACUUCUGUCACUGCCUCUGAACCGUAUGCGAUUUCAAGAGGUAUUUGAGAGUGAUGUCUUCUGAAAUUAUGUUUUUUCUCCAGCUAUUGAUCUCAUAAAUAAUUUGCUGCAAGUGAAAAUGAGAAAGCGCUAUAGUGUGGACAAGACGUUAAGCCACCCAUGGCUACAGGUAAUGCUGUAAAUUUCAUGCCUUUCACCUUGUUUGUAGUGAAGAUAGACCAAACACAGACAAAAAGUUUACCACAGCCACUCCAAAACUUCAGCAUCGAUGAACCUCGAUGAAGGCUAAAUAUUACUGUCCCAUCUGGAGACUGUGGGAAAGUGUGCCCACUUUGCUAGGCGGGGCCCUGGGAGCCAGACUGUAACAUUAGAAUGUUUUCCCUCCACAGGCAUUUUGCAUACAGUAGGGAUCUGGAGCCUAUAGCCCUCUACAUGCUGACUGACUACAACUCCCAUCAUCCCUGGCCACGUUUCCUAUCAUUAGUAUACAGCAUCUUUAUGCUGGCCAGGGUCAUAGCUCAAUGGUUGACCACAUGCUCAGUCAUCAGAGUUUUCCUCUGCUAAUCUUGAAGCAUAAGGAGUGUGUGUGGAGGAAACAGUUGGCUAAGUUUGCCCUGGUCACCCAGAUAAAUACUAUUUUAAACAUUCCUGUUGUUGCUUGGUGCUGCUCUUGCUUUUUGUUUCCGCGCUGUUGAGUUAUUUUUGUCUAUAUUGAUUUAUUGUCGUUUCAUUGUCUUGAAGGCAGAAAGGUGUGGUGAACAUACUUUUGAUAAAUUAUACAUGCAAAAUUUCGAGGAAAAGACCCCAUGAACCUUUGGGCCUGGUUCUGGAACCUAGCUUUUCAGAAAUACUUUCUAGUGAACCUAGACACGUUGAUGUGUUCUCAUAUCCAACGGUUUCACAAAAGAUGCUAUGAAAGUAACAUGUGCUGCGUCGCUUAAAUGUUAACAGAAUUAUGGGGAAACAGGCAUCCAUAGUAUUAUCUGUAAGACUGCUUUUCAGAUAUUAAUUUAAGCAUAUUGUUUUUCUCCCUACAGGAUUACCAAACCUGGCUAGACUUGCGUGAGCUCGAAUCUAAAAUAGGCGAGCGUUAUAUCACCCAUGAGAGUGAUGAUUCGCGGUGGGAACAGUAUGCCGGAGAAAAUGGCUUGCAGUAUCCAACACACCUUAUCAGCCCAAGUGCUAACCACAAUGAAAACCCUGAGCCAGAAGAAGCAGAGAUGAAAGCCCUCAGUGAGCGUGUCAGCAUCCUUUAAAUUGCAGCCCUUGUAAUCUGUCAAAACACUGUGGAACUAAUAAAUACAUACGGUCAUGUUUAACAUUUGCUUUGCAGAACUGCCAUUAUUUUCUGUCAGAUGGGAACAAAGCUGUUACUCUGUUACCACCAUUGAUGUAUGGGAGUUGCCAAGACAAAUCAACAGAAGCAUUCGCCCCCCCUCUCCCAUUUUGUGUGAGCAACUGUGUUAUAUUAACAAAAAGUUCCCAGAAACACUCAACCUGUUGUUGUGGAUGAUUCCUGUUGUACUCGGAGCAUUCAAACCUGUUUCCACUGUGCCUUCUCAGACAAGUGUUUCCUCUUACUCAUAACUUUGUUGGGUACCAUGAAGCAUUUCCAGGUGGAUCUCUGGUUUUGUGUGCAUCAUGAAAUUAGUAUUGUACUUGUUUGCAAACUCUUGAAGAGUAGAUUACUACUGCUGUUCUGUGAACAACUUUUAACGUUUUCGAUGGGGUUGGGGAUUUCUGUUUCUGUUCUUUUGUUUGUUUUGUUUUUUUGCUUUUUGCUGUGGAACAAUAUGUUGAGAUACUGAUGCAAGGAAGCAUUUUUUAAAAAUAAAUAAAUGUAAAAGCAGCACACAGCAUUGUAAAUUUGCAGAUGAGAUGCCCUAGCAUUUUGGACAUUUAUAUGGAUGCCCCCAACCAGUCAUGGUGCAACCUCUCUUUAAGCCUAAAUGCCUUAGUAAUGUAAAUUGCAGCCCCUGCUUGUUCUUAUAACAUGCUGCUGUAACAUAUACAUUUAGAAGCUGGACAAUAUGUUGCCUUUGUGUAUGUUUUGAAUAAAAUUCUGCUGAAAAAUACUUUUUUUUAAAAAAAAUAUUAAAUUACUUUACCAGUCC